AUGCGCGUGGAUUCGGACACCGGCGAUUUUCAACGGUUUCAACGGCACGGCCGUCCGACGGCCGACGGUCAUGUCGACUCGGCUUGCGCGGUACAGUCACGGUACGGUAAGUGCGACGCGCGGCCGGGCACGCGGGAGUGGCUUAGGGACAUCUCGUCCCCGUCAGCCCGAAAACGGAAACGGAUGCUGGUUACGAUUCACGAUAUCGAAACGCGUGCCGGUAUUCCAACGGGGUCGCGCGGAAAAGUUUGACGUAUCGAUUAGGGACGGGCUUUUUUUUUUUUUCGUUUAGUAUCCGGCUUUUAAAUUGCCGACUCCCACCAUCGAGUCGGGUGGAGAGGACGGUUUUACGAUUCUCGUUCGCUGCGCGCCUUGGAACAGCUCCCGGGCACUCCGCCGCGGGUCGCGUUACGGACCCGCGACUCGGCACGUCCUACGCGCGAACGCGGACGAGGUGUUCGUACCGGAGGAUCUUUAGCACCCUCCCCUCCAUCCGCGCCAUAAAAAAAAAUCCCGAUAAGAUUUUUCGCAUUAACGAUUUCGAUAUUUUACACGGGUUUCGCGGCGAUUUCGGCGCCCGGCCCGAACAGGUGUACGGUCCUGCCGCGACCGUCAUCGUCGACGCGUCAUCGCGGACGACCCGUCGGCGGACCCGUCCACGCGAUAUCGGGGGGCGAUCUUUUCGGCCGCCGCCCCGCGGAAUCAUAAUCGGAUUUUCGAGCGUAGGGUGGCCGCGUCCCGAAAUCCGGAUACCCGCACCCCAAAUCUCGUGUAUCAGCGCAUCGCCGCCGCCGGCCGAAUAACGUAAUUAUAUACCGUGAGUAGGUGCGCCGCAUAUUAUUAUUGUUAUUCACCGCGAUAGUUUGUUUUAUUUUUUUUUUUUUCUACCCCCUCGGCGGUUUUUCGGGGGCCGGAAUUCCGCGCGGGCUUAUCCGCCCGGGCGGCACAGAGCCGCGCCGGCGGUUUCCCGGGGCCGCGGGUCCCCUCCGCGGGCCGUUUCCCGCGUACUCCUUAUCGACGCAUAAUAAUAAUCCCCCGUAUACGAAAAUCCUAUCCCGGUAAUUACAUUCUGCGGCGACGGCGGCGGCGGCCCCGCUUUCUCCCCGGAAUAAUAACAAGUCUGCACGCGCUCGCAAUUGCAUUACGGCCACUCUCGCGGUUCGGCCGCUCCUAUCCGCUACGACGGGACAAUUACUUUUGCGCGGACCGCCCCGCGCCGCAAUUACGGUGUACCGGCCGCGCGCGAACAACGGGUCGCCCGCCGGUAGACACGGCUCUCAGCGACCGAACUGAUUCUGUACCGAAAACCGUUCGGUUUUUUUUUUUUUUAUUAUUAUUAUUAUUAUUUUUAAAAACGUAAUUUUUCGAUAAAAAACGAUUUUUCGUCGCAUUUUGUUUGUUUUUUUUUUUCUUUUCGUCCUCCGCGACGGGUACAUGUCGGUCGUUAUGCCGACGGGACGAAACGAAAUUCCGGGUUUCCAAGGUAUCCGGUGAAGAAACGACGAAAACCAACUUGCCCCACUACUGUUGUUGCCCCCCCCCCCCGAUUGUGAACGCCGCGGCUAAUUAUAAAGCGCCCCGUGACAAAUUAUCGUCCGUCCCCGCGAUUGUUUCAACAGUAAACUAACAAAAUCGAAAACGACGGGACCGCCAUUUCCGUGUACACUUUUCCGUUUUUCCCUGCGGUCCGUACGCGUCGCUAUUAGGAAAACUACCUCCGCCUCGACGCGCCGGCUGCGCGACGGUUUAUACAUUUGGGAAAAAAAAAUACCAUACACGCGGAUUCCGGACCGGGUACGUCCGGUGCAGACGGAGUAUUGUCGCAUGCGUGCACGAAAGAAUAAAACAAAUACGAAUCGCGCACGUCGUAGCGCCGACAAUAAAACGAACGACGAUUUCUCGGUCACCCGCACGUUUCCGCGUGGGUUUCGGGCCGAAUUUAAAAACCCGGAGUCACGCGUGUCUUCUUAUGUAUUCCUUAAAUAUUCAAAAACACUUUUUCCAAGACAGCGCAACGCGCCGCUAUUCUGUGUGUGUGUGUGUGUGUGUGUGUGUGUGUGCGCGCCCGCCCGUGUAUCGGUUCCUAUCCGAAUACAUUUCGUUCCGGACACUUUUAGACGGUAUACCUUACCCGCGGAACGAACGGCGGCGUUAAACAUGACGUGUGCUGCUCGUUUUUCCGGGGAAAAUAAAAACCGAAUUUCCCGGAUUGAGACACAAACAACACAGAGCAACACACGCACGCGAGAUAUCGUAAUUAUUACGUUGCUGCGAUGCAGCGACGGCGCGUAAACGGCACAACAAAACUGUUUAUAUUAAUGAAUAUAGACGCGUAACGCCGGCGCACAAAUAUUAUCGUACGGGCAUUGUUUUUGUUGUUGUUUUUGUGUUUGCUGUUGUUGUUGUUGUCGUUGUUGCUGUUGUUGUUGUUGUUGUUGCUGUUGUUGUUGUUGUUGUUGUACAGCAGUCGUUCCGGCCGAAAUUCCGGUUGGUUAACGCCACGCCGUCACGAACGUUUAACGCGCGCGAUUCGACGGCGAGUGCUGAACACGAAACCGUCCGUCGCAACAACGCGUCAGUGUCUCGUCGUAGCGCCGCGGCCGUUGUUCGGUCGGUUUUUUUUUUUCCGAAGGUCGGCCGUCGUUUCGGCAGCGCGCGCGUAUCGUUAACAAAUAAAAGAAAAAACGACGACAAAUUAUGACGGAAAAUACGUUUUUUCAACGUUAUCGUGUCUACCGGGCGUUUCGCGGGACACGUCGCGCGAACCGGUAAAAAUCGCCCGUGCCGUUUUCGAUUUCUGGAGCGCGGUGAAUUACGCGACAUUGUUUUUUUUACCGUUCCCGUUGCCUAUUAUUAUUGUUGUCAUUACAGCGCGCGUCGGGUAGUCGGUCGGAAAAGUUACGAAAGCCAUUUGGUUUUCGAGGAAGGAAACGCCGCGCUCGCACAAUUUCCACGCGGCAAUUUCGUUCGCGGGAUUGCGCGAUCGACGCGCGCCGUAGUUUUUUUUAUCGGAUUUCCAGACGCGCCUCGUAAUACGAAUUUAUUCCCGCGCGGCGUUCGCGCUUGAAUCCGAAUUUCCACCUCGACUCGCCGGAAUUGCUUUUCCGCCGAACACACCCGGCGCAGCCCACCUGCCCGUCUACCUGUCUGCGCGGCUACCCGCCCGCCGGCCGCGGUGCGCGUCGCGUCCAUAUUAUUGCCGCAAUCGGAAAAACGGCGGAAUUCAAAACAAUAUUAACAAUAACGACGCGCCGCCGCCGCCGCCGCCGCCGCCACCGCCGCGAAAGCUUUCCCGCGGAGCGCGCGUGUAAAAACCGAACAACCGCGACGACGCGGCCGCGGUUUCCGCGACUCAUUUCCGCUGUCCGGUCCGCACCACGAGACCUCGUCGAAUGUAUCUGAGAUGUAAAUACGUUUUUUGUAUGUAUUUUUUUUUUUUUUUUUUACCCGUGUAUACCGCGUACGAAAAAAUUUACGAAGGAAAUUUCGCUCCGGUCCGCCCACGUGCGAAGUAUGUCAGUUCUUUUUUCGUAGAAAAUACGCGAUACGCGUCGUCGGUACGUUCCGAAUAAAAAUGAGGAAUAAACGGUUUUUUUUUUUUUUUUUUUACGCAUAUAAUGAUCGAUAAAAAUACUGCGCGUUACAUUUUUUCGUAAUAAUAACGAUGUAAACGCGAUAACAAAAACGCUACUACAUUGUGAAACCGUUGCUCUUACGUCGUAUUUCGUUUUCAGAUAAUGGCCGGACCGCGACGUUUGUAAUUUUAUCGGACGUUUUACAUUUCGAAAACAAUAAUAAUUAUUGUUAUGGGUUAGCGAUUUUUUUUUUUAAAUUAUCGAUACGACGGGCUGAAGUUGAUUGUUAUUUAUUUAAUUUUUUUUUUUUUUACGAUAAUUCGGAGAACCGAGACAAUUUACGCCGUAACGGUUGCUGUUAUUUUUUUUUGUAUGUAAAUUCAAUUGAAAACAACCGUACAGGGCCCGGGAGUUUUUUUCACCGAACACGCGUGCGCGGACCAUUGCCGAACGGGAACGCACAGUUUUCGAAAACGUCCCGGCGCCGCCGCAACGUUGUUCCGGUCUUUAUAUACGGGACCGCGACGUGUCGGACCUGACCGGCGGAAUUCGGCCCGCGCGCCGAACCGAACGCGAACGGCGACAACGAACGCGCGUCCGCGCCCCGCCGGGCGAACCGAUUUCCGGGCCGACGGACAACACCGCGCGGGUCGACAACGCGUUUCGAUUAUUUCCGGUGCGGCGACUGUUGCGGCGGACGCGCUUUUAAAUCCGUCGAACGCGGCCGCGGCCGCACGCUGUACCAGCGCGCGCGACAAUACGCCACUGACCGCGGGAUGGCGUUUUUCGCGAACGGAAUAGCUUACGUUUUUUUUUUUUUUUUUUUUUUUUUUUUGGCACUUGACGAUAUAAACUCUCGCGCGAAUACCCGUUUAUUUUUUUUUCUUUCAUUCUUUUUCUUUCUCCCCGUUCUUCGUACCGCGCGCGAAAAACCGAGCGUAACGCGUUUAAAAAUACAAAACACAUUCGCCGCUAUUACGACGACGAUAAUAACAGCGGUAUAAUAAUAUCUGUUGCUCUUCGGCCGUUUCCCCCGCGCGCGCACAGGGACCGAUAAAGGAUUUCGAUCCUUUAUCAAUAUUUCUAUACGGUAUUGUAUCCGUAUAAUGCGCAUACGGGUCGCGUACAGGACGCGAACGCGUUCCGUUUCUUUAUUCAUUUUUUUUUUUCUUUUUUCUUUUUUUUUUUUUUUUUACUGAUCCGAUGAGCCAGACAUGCCCCGCGUUUUGGCCGCGAGAAAAGUCGGAAAGAUAUUUUCGACCGAGAAAAUAUUUAUGUAUUAAAAAAAAAAAAAAAAAAAAUAGAAAAAUAGAAAAAAAAAAACAUUACAUCACUGCAAAAUGCCGAAAACGCAUAUAUAUAUAUAUAUAUAUGUGUGUGUGUACACACACACACGUAUAUAGCUCAAUGUUUAUGCGAAAGUGUUGGGGGUUUUUUUUUUCCGCUACCCGAUUUCCGUUGUUUUUUUUUUUUUUCUUUUGUACGAUUUAUGCCUGCAGGUUAUGUCCCUUCUGUUACAGCAUUUCCAUAAUGGAUCCAACGGGAUUUAUUAUACGUAUAUAAUAUUCCGUACAUAUGUUUAUAAAAGGAAAAAAAAAAUUCAACUGUAUACAUAUUGACGCGGCGGCGGCGUAACCUUUGUCUACGGUAUAAGAUAAUAUUAUAUAUUAUAUUAGGGCGCGGAUUCGUGCGCGUUUUCCGCAUAAUAUCUAUGGGGAUCCGUUUAAAAAGCCGAGCAUAACGAUGUUGACACGAAACAAUAAUAUUCUAUUCCGAGCUUAAAGUGACGAAUCGGUGAGCGAAAAUUCGAUUUUUCGUGUUUCCGCGGAGGUCCGGAACGUUGUUAACACAGCUUGCGGCCAUCUUUUGGAUUCUGAAUGGAACGAAGAAUGUAUUGUGUUUUCCAACGACGUUUAUUCGUUUUUUUUUUUGUUUUUUUUUUUUUAUUUGUUCACCGGCGAUUUCGCGCUCCGGUUUACAACGAUAGCACUUUUCCUGAAAGGAAAUCGGACCGGGGAGGUACUGUAAAGAUGUUGUUUUUCGAUUUUCCCGGGAGUGUUCGGGAUAAACGGAAAAGACCGGGGGAAAAACCACGGGAAAAUCGGUGCAAUGUUAAACAGAGAUCGUCGCAGGAAACAUACAACGUGCGCUAUGUAAUUGUUUUACCGCGUUGUACGCGACAAUACCGUCGACAGAGCAACGCUAUCGAUCGUUGCUCCGCUCAGAACCGUUUUUCGUUAGCCACGGUCGAUCGUCGCACAGAUACGCGGUGAAUUACCGACAGCGACAGCGGCCGCGACCCGAUUAUCCCGGCACGGCUAUUUUAUUUUUGUUUUCUCUCUCUCUCUCUUUUCACCGUCCGCGCAAUUUCAACGCGUACAAAACACCGCCGUGCCGUCGUUGCAGCGGCCAGUCGUAGCGGCGUCGUGGUCCGCCGCACACGGCACGCGCACUCCGUACUCGCGAAAUACUAUUAUCCUUCGAGACUAUCACGCGUCCGGCCGCAGUCGUCAGACGAUUUCGCCCCCUCCCGCCAGGCCCCCGGCAAAGCCGACGGCGAACAUAACGGACGGCGCGUUCUCGCGGUUGUUGUCUUUGUGAAAGUCCUCUCGGCUCCCGCCAAACUACUCGACCCCGUCCCCCUUUCCCAACCGGCCCCCCCGACGUAUUACGACGUUGUAAUGUCGCGGCGCGUACAAACGACGUCGGACGAAGACGAAGGGGGGAUGGUGGAGUCGAUUUUCCGGCAUUAUCGUUUCGCGCGACCGCACGAGAAGUCCAAGACUCGGCGCGACGCAAACAACAAACACACACACCAACAUGAUAAUAACAUUGUUACCGUGGGUAUCGCUCGCUGUUGAAACGCGCCGUUACACCGCAACGUCGCCGGUGCACAGUGUGCCGCGAACGUGCGUCGUAGAGACCGAACCGCGCGGGCGAACAGUGCGGGGGCACCCCCGGGCGGUCUCGCCGUUUGACGGGGACGACACGACCGUGAAGCGAGCCGGCCCCGCGCGUAACGACCGCGGCGGGAAAUCGGCGACGUCCCUCCUGACGGUUCUCCGGAGUCACCGAGUCCGAGCGCGCACCACACACGCGUACGUUUUGAAUGCCGUUCAGUGCGGCGGCGCGCGACGGAAUUGUUUCUUUUUUACGUUUUUUAAAUCCGGGCACGUAGACUCGCGCCGCGCACAAAUGGAAAUCCGCGCCGGGAGCCGACGUGACACCGUGUACACGAUAUCGCGUACGCGACCGUUUUCGAACGACGGAUUCGCGUUGCUCUUUUCGUUUUUUUUUUUUUACUAAACGCUCGACAAAAGAAAGAAAACCGCUCCUCCCCCAGCGUUUCAGUUACAGUUUCGAACGUUGCGAGCGUUCAGCGCACGCGAUCAACGCAACGGACUGCGCGACGGCGUGACGUACGCCCGACCGGGACGGCGGACGGGCCGCGCGCUUUUCGUCCGUCGUUUUCAUAACACUCGGCGGCCGCGAUUCGGGCGGCGGCGACCACAGAGCGUCACUAUAAACGAGCGGUCCGCCGCGGCAAAUUCGGGCAUUCGGGCGCAACGGGUUCGUGAUCGAAAUAGGAAAAGAAAAUUCGAAAUGAAGUCGGCGCGUGCGUUCUACGCGAACGACGGAGAAAAGCACAACUCACGCCGGCUCUGUUCGGCUAAAACGAAAAGCAGUCUUUAAAACUCGAAUCUCAAAACCUUCCCGUAGACGCAACAAGUUUAUUGAUAUAAAUUACGAUUGCAGCUAUGGUAUAAAUCUGAUAUAGUUAUUAAGUGAUAACGCAGCCGAACGUCUCGCCGCAAUCGGACACUCGCUAUCGUAACGACGAUGUCGCAAAAGAACCGCGUAAACGGACUUGCCGAGUUCGUCGUAUCGCGAGAAACGAAUACCGCGGGUGUGUCUACUGCGAGGACACGACCUGUCCGCUAUUGUGUUACCUGCGAUAACGGGCGGUGCUAACACGUGUUAGGCACACUUAUCGUACACCGCGCCCGACAAAAGGGUCUUCGGACGAAGAAUCCCGGAACGGAGUGUAUCGACGAGGACAAUUCGAUCUCGUAUACAUUUUACGGUCAUUUUUCCGAACUUCGCUCGGCCCGGGCCAUUGUAAAUUCCAUUUAACCUCCGCUCGUCUACGCGUGGCUAUAUUUACACCCGUAUCGCAAUAUCGUGUCGUACACACGGAAACUGUAGAGACCGGUAUUAGUUAUUAAUGAAAUCCCAGCAGCGGGUAUUCGCCGCGGCGGCCGGUGUAAUUCUAACGAUGUCUGCACGCGCGUAAUACGUACUCCGAUAGACGUCUAUAAUUCACGCACUUAAAUCAUUAAACGCUAUUAUUAUGAAACGGCGGCCGCGUCGGAAUUAUCAAAGCCAAGUACCCCGGGCCCUUGUAGUACGUAAAAUUACUUAAAACAAUCGCACCGAGCUCACGGGGAUCGGUGUACAAGCCGCCGUAUGCGCGAUCGCACGUAUACCUAAUACGUCACAAUCAUAAACAAUUUAUGAGCCAUUGAUAUCCGGGGCGAACCCAUCCGGUGGCCGCGUGUGUAAUGUACGACACGCCGCCGCGGUCGUUCCGUAAUCUCCCGCGAACAGACGGCUGCGAUUUUUUUUGUUUUAUUUUUUUUUUUUUUUUUUUUACUAUCGAAAAUCGAUUAUUAUUAGCGCUCGACAAUAAUAACGGUUUACAUGCAAUACUACAAUGGUAAUUGUCGUUGUGGUUUUCCGCUCGUGUUAUCACGCACUGCGUGUGUACGGUCCGCGCGCUAAAUCCGACCGAAUCCGCGGACAAAUUUAUUGCGAUUUGCGUUUACGUUCCAUUCGAUUUCGGUUUUAAUCGAGAAUUACGCGCCGGGCGGUCAUCAUAAACGAUUGAUAUUUACGAUGUCGCCCUGACGCUUUUUCCGUACGCGAACGUUGACGAAAUAAAGCGUGUUUGUAUAAAAGCGUUUUCAAAAAAAAAAAAAAAAUAUAUAUAUUUUUUUUCGCUUUUCGCGCGACGGGAUAAGUACGUAAAAUAUAACAACCGGACAACCGAUUGUUUUACACAGUGCCGUAAGCCAAGUGUCCGUAUGCAUUUCGGCAGAGCUGCACGUCCUCGGCACCCCCGCCUCGAGGUUUUGAAAUUCCGAAUGAGCCAUUCGUUUGUGCUUUUCAUCCCAGCGUUUGUUCGGCAGACACGUAUUACGUAUAUAAUGCUAAAAGGGCGAAUCGUAUUGAUUAAUAUCCGCGAAAUAUUCGCGUGUGCGCCGUGAAUUAUUUUACGAUGACAAUGUCAUCUGAAGCGCGUUUUCCGCGAUACUAGUAUAGUAGUCAUUGCGCUAUCUCUAGCAUACACUACUAUCUAGUUUUAAAUAUUUCGUACGAUCCAGUGUACCUCGUGUAUAGAACCUGCACCGUGUUCCAUUCAUGCCAUAACGUAUGAUGUACACUAUAAAGGGUACUAGAUACCAGCAGCAAUGAUACGCACGACGAUGAGGAAACGCCUAUAUUCCGUAUACCGCGGUUUCGAUUGUUGUUUAACACAAUACUGUGUAAACAGUCGCGAUAACGUUGCGUGAUAAAAUAUCGAUCGAAUGUUUGCGUUCUGAUUCGGUCCCGCCGGAUAUUUACACGCCGGUAACUAUAGCGUGGAAAAUGGGACACGUCCUUAUUGUCCGGACUAGUAUACUGGCUAACGCGUUUUCUUUAACCGGCGUACGCCGUCGGACUGUUCCACACGGACCUAGAAACCGGUGCGCUGGACAUCGCAUCUAGAGAUGGCGCGAAACGGGCUUGAACCAAGGUAGAUAAGGUAACUCGCCGCACGCAACCGUGUUGUGUUGUCGCGUGCGUUCGCUUUGCAACUAGCGAAUCGAAAAAGUACAGCCCGCCAAAGUACAGUGUUAUCCGCGUCCCGGCCAAGUGUAACGCUCCCGUUGGUCGGUCCGCGAUCGCGCGCACUCGAUUCGAGCAAUCCACGCCCGGCAGUCAGUGCGGUAACGCAGCUGUAUAGCCGCGCCGGUAACACCGGUUUUUUGUUUUUUUAUUACUGUAUCGUCGGGUCGCGCCCGUGACCCGAGUGUCCGAGUGAACCGAGCAACGCGCACGGCCUGUGCGUCGCUACAUCGGUAGGCUUUGACCGGUAGGAGAUCUGGGGAUUUUUUUCAUUUUUCCCCUGUGGGUUUUCCGCUCCUGACGCCCAUCACACGCGGCGUGACGCGAGUAACGUGAUAAAAAACGCGGUAUCCGUACGACAACACGCGUUGAUUCGGUUUUUGUUGAUACAGCUGUACGGGGAAAAACGCCACGAACGAUAUUCUCCACAAACUUCCCGCGUACAUCGGUGGCCUGCCCGCGAUCCGAACUCCAAAGUGUAGUACCGGGAUUUUCGGUUUCGAUGAGUUUACCGUUGGAUUAGUUGUUAAUUAAAAUUUAAUCGUACGGGGUGUUUCGAUGAUCCGUAACCGCGGCGCGUUCGUCACACGGGUAUAGUAAACUGUAACGACACGGGUAUACUGUUAUAGUGGCAUUGUCGACGCUAAUCCCGACAAUCGAAUUGUUUACGGAUUGCGUUCGCAACGAACGGGGAGCAUGUUUCUUAAGUACAGAAAAAAAAAAAAAAAACGACAACAAGAAACUUUUACCGAACGACGAUGCGCGUCUCGGUAUAUACAAGUGCGCAAAUCAAAUAAACGUAUUAUUAUACUGUGUGUGUGUGUGUGGGUAUAUUAUAUUAUCGUUGUGAAUAUUUUAUGCAACGGCUCUUCGCUCGAAAAUCUACAUAUAGGUGCUUGUAUGUAUUUGAACACCUAUUCUAUAAUAAAUAUAUACGUAACGUUUUAUUUAUUUAGGAAAACGUAAAGGGAGGGUGGGGGGGUGUAGGGGAAACGCGCAAUUCGAUUACACGUUACACUUGGACAGAGAUAGGUGGUUUAUAGAGGAAGAAAAUAUAAUAAUAAUAAUAUAAAACCUUUCGCGACGUACCCACACGCACACCUAUGUGUGUAAUAAUAACACGUGCGCUGAUACGCCGGCGCCAUUGUGUUCGGCGGGGUGGCCUUUUUUUUUUUCUUUUUUUUUCCAUUCUUUAUCAAAUUGGUGUAUACCUACUACGCCGUGCAGUGUGCACGCGCGCGUAUGCGAAAUGAAACGGUAGCGAACACGUCCGUACGUACGGCAAGGCGAACGCGGGCGUUAAAUAUUUAACGAAUCUCUCGGAAAAAUGUAAAGCAAAAUAGAGUGCUUCGAUUGUCGCAUACGUAAUAAUGACAAUAUGAUAACAUGAAAUAUGUACCCGUGGACUUUUCAUUGCGUUACGCGUGAACUAUUCGUGUCUAUAACGUGGCCGUAAACUUUCAAACGUCCCGGACCGGGCGAAAAGAAUACGAUCCGGUCAAAUCCGAUGUCGCGCGAUAAUUAAUGCCCAAAUUAAUUAUGCGUUCAUUUAUUUUGGUCAAAAAUUUGUGGAUUACCUUGGUCCGAAAUUUUAUAACUCUCUAGAUUUAGAUUUAAAAAUUAAAAAUUAACCGAAAACCCGAAAUAUGCAAAAAAAUAUUAUUAAAAAUUGGUCAAUAUUAAAUAUUGAACAAAAUGUUUUAUCAUUUAUAUCAUAAAAUAUUAUAUAAUAUCAUUGCUUAAUAUCAAUUGUUAUAUUUUGUUCUAAUUUAAAGUUCAUUUCAAUCGACUUGUAUAAUUUGUAUAUAAUUACUAAGCGUGUUGAUACUGUUAUAAUAAUAGCAAUCUGUAUACUAUUUGGUAUGUAAUAUUAACUCCCUACCUUCAUCACAAGCUAUGCUUAAAGAAGGUAGAGGUAUAAAUUUAAGAUAUAUUGUAAAAAAAAAAAAAAAAAACGCGAGCGGACGGAUGGGCAACGCACAGUAUACAGCGUAGCGAUCGCAGUGCUCGGAGUGUUGUCCGUUUUGAUUCGGCGGACCCGACGCAUGAAAAUUAACCGCCACGGGGUCUCGAACCGUCGUCGCGGACUGUACGAUGCAGGCGCGCGAGUAUCGGUGAACCCGGUGACGCGUGACGCGCAUGAAACGCGGGGCUUCCUGUUGCGCGCGCGGUGUCGACGAAUCCGCGAGCGCGUGCCGCGAACGUUCGCGUGCACGCGCCGUUUUACAAACGUUUCGGCGCGCUUUACCGCGGGGUUCGUGAUACCGUUAACGAUUCGAAUUCGGCGUUGCGACACCGUGCCGAACGUCCCGCCGGCGGUUCAGCGCAACACAAGCAUAGCAGCGCGUUAUCGCCGCGACGCGCGUGAACGAAUACCCGCGAACGCGAACGGCAAACGCACGCCAUAGUUCGCGUGUGCUCGCCCCGGGGCGUCUGGUUCGGAUCGGACCGAGUGCGGCGUUUUUAAAAGUCCACAAUGAAACGCAAUACGCGCGCAUUGGCGUUGUCGUCGCGGAACGCCGCGGGCCCCCGUUGAAUCCAUCGUCAUAUUCUCGCGUUGUUGCCCUCGGACGGGUACACGCGCGAAAUGCAUUUACCCGAACGCGAAACUUUACCGCUCGGCUCCGUGCGGCGGUGUUGCGUGUGGAGGCGAAAACGACGGUUUAAGCCGAACGUAACGCGCGCACGGUCCCACCACGGGCUCUCCGCCGCCGCGUCUCUUGAUUUUCAUCGGUAUUAUUAUUUUUUUUUUUUCAAUAUAAUAUCUACGGUUUUUUUUUUUUUUUUUUAUGUUUUUCGAAUUCGUUUUCAUCCGGAUGUUAUAACAUUUCCGAACGGUUCAAAACGUUACGCGCCUCCGGCCGUCCGGUUACGUGUCUAAUACCGGAGGCGCGUCGGUGCGGGUCGAGUACUGCAAUUGUCGGUGUACCCGGCACAAAGGUCGCGGCAAAGGGCAUUUAUAUAUAUAUAUAUAUAUAUAUUAACAGAGAAAAAGUGUACAACAUAAUAAUAAUAAUAAUAAUAAUAUAUUACAAACAUUUUAUUAUCGUUAAGAUUUAACGAUUCGAAAACCGUAACGGUCGUUAUAAUGUAAUAAUAAUAUAUUACGAGCGUAUUAUAUAAGAGCGUUUUUAGGUACGGCCGCGGUACUACUAAAAAUAUAUUACGCGAAAUAAAUCAAACCGGCCGGCCGAGGUUUUUUCGUUGUUUUACCCGCCACGCAGCCCGUGAACGGCCCUCGGAUGUGUAUAAUAGGCGAUCGCGCGGUGUUAAAGUCACCCGCGCGGUUCCGUCGUCGGCGUCGCGGCUUUGUCGUCCUCGGCGCUUUUCACGCCGCCGGGCUUUUCACCUAUCCGCGGUCCGAGUACGCGCGACCGUUGACGCCCUCACCCCCGCCCGCCCGGAAUCGCCGUUUAAUUACAGGGAUCCCGGCGGUUUUCGGUGUUGCCGUCGUUAUUAUUAUACGGCGGUCCGCGCGGGUAUCGCGAGGCCGGGGCACGAGGACCGCGCGGAUAUAGCCGCGUGUAAAUAUAAUAAUAUAUACGCUUUUAACGAAUUUCCGCGGGACCGGGAAACUUUUAAAACUAUACGCCCUGUAUAUCUGCACGCUUAUACAUUUAUGUAUACGGACGAUCGUCGGGCGGCGCACGAAGAUCACUGCCGCGGCGGCGGAGAGUCGCGCAAAGCUCUUUUGUCGCGCGAAAAGUAUUCGCGGACCGAAAACUUUUUACUAUCACGGCGGCGUUAUAAUAAUAAUAAUAAUAAUAAUAAUAAUGGUAAUAUAAUAUAAAAUAUAUAUAGAUGUGCCGACGACGGGUCAAGACGGUGCCGGGGUAGGAGUAGUGGGUGGCGGAAGGGACGACGGUGUGUAGUGGGGGUGGGGGAAUCGCGUAAAUUUAUUCAUUUACUUUUGAAAAAGUUUCGCGGUAUAGCCGGUGUGUAAAUAUACGUAUAUAUUGGUAUUAUAGGUGCGCGACGCGGUAUACACAUCGCCGCGUCGCCGUAUAUCACCGCUGCUAUUAUAUUGUAUAUUGCAUAAUUUAAUAUAGCGCAUUGUAUUAUAGUUAUUCAUUAUUAUUAUAACGAUUAUUUUUCGUAAUUUUUUUUUUUUUUUUUUUUAAUCGAAAAUCACCCGUCUGGUACGCGAAAACCUUGAAACGAGAAAAAAUAAGAAGUUAAUUCCUUCGCUUCUCCUAUAUUUCGUGUUACGGAAACCGUAUACCGUAUAUAUACCGUAGUGGGUUCAAAGGAAAAUGCAAAAUACAAAAAAAAAAAAAAAACGAUGAAAUUUCAACGUGAAUACGGUGACGCUCGAAACUCUAAAUCCUCGAAAGGCACGUCCACGCAGCGUUGAAUUAAAUUGACCCGGCGGAAUUAACGGGAAAAACAUAUAACAUUACGAUAUCGGACACACCUUCGAAUGCCAUUCGAAUGCGAACUAUGGUUGUCGGACGCCGGAGUGAUUGCGACGCUGUUCCGAUUACAGGUACAUUAUCAAGUAGGCACCUUCCGUCCCCGGAACGGAAGUCGGUAAAAUUCAAUGCUGGAUUCGAUGGCAAUUCAGUUGACAAACGUUGAAUUUCGGAACAUGGUCCAAUGCGUUCAAAAUAUACUCGCAUACUGUUGAGUUUUGGGGCGCAUAUAAUAUCAAAUUAUCAUUUCGAUUGAUCGUCGUUGAAUUUCAUAAGACACCGUAAUAUAUUGUUAUUAGGGAACGGAUUUACAUGCAAAAAAAAAAAAAAACUAUAAGAACCGUCAAAUGAGCACUGAAAAAAAUCACUUAAAAGUAUUCAAAAAAGCAAAAGUGGUAAAGGGGUUUAAAAGUCUCCCCUUUAAUACGUUUCUAUAAACCUAUUAAAUAAAAUUGUUUAACGCUAAAGAAACACUUUCGAAGCGUUAGAAAAUUAUUUUUAAUAACUCAGAGGUAUUAAAGAGGAUGAGGAGACUCUCCUUUAAAUUGCUCUACCGUUUUUGCUUUUUAAAUAUUUAUACGGCUUUUUUGACGCUUUUAUGCGCGUAUAAAUCAGUUCUCUAAUUAUCAUAAUACGCCGCGACAAAUAUAUUAGACUCUACGAUUUCGGGGGGAAAUUCGGGGAGGGGGUGGGGGGACCACGACCGUACGGAAUGUGCAGCACGUCGUGCGAUGUGUACAAGACUGUGUUUAAUAAUAAUAUAAUCCUGAGCGACACGUCGUUCACCUCGGAAAGAAAUGCGCUCGCGGAACGUUUUUCGCGAAACGACAAUUGAAAAGACGGAAUCUACGUCGUGAUGUGGGUGCGUCUCGUUAAUGAAACAAAUCGUAUUACGUUGUACUUAGUCUGAGCCCGAAACUUGCGUACGCGCCGUAGUCGUUGCCUUUGCCUGUCCCGGGCCGCCUGUGCCUAUUAUUAUUACCGUCUCGAGAUUGACGUGGCUACAGGCGUGUGUAUACAGGGUGAUCAACGUAAGACACUCAUUAUCGCUGAAAGCAUUAACUUUUUUCGGAAUUUGUCUUAUGGAACGCUUGAAAAACAAUCAGCUCUACAUAGUUUUACACGCAUGCGUUAUUUUUUGUCGCCCUUAUUUUUAGGGGUAAAAACACUAUACCUACUUUUGAUUUUCACACGGCACCCUAUAUUAAAAAUGUCAUAAAUACGCGGUGUGGGUUAGGUUAGAUUCUAUCAUGCGGAUAAUAAUAGUAUAACGAUGUGAAAAAACACCCCAAAAUUUAAAAAAUUCAAUUCAUUUUGCAUUUCUCUCCGCCGUGGUGAACCCGUCACCAGACGACAAUUUACAUUUAACAAACACAAAUAAUCGACCGAAAUCCAUGUACCUAUAUAAUGUAUGUGUACGAAAAUUUGCGGUACGUAUUCUCGGCAAACUUGAGUGCCGCAAAAAGCCCCGCCGGAUGAAUCGUCCGGGUGAUCGGGCCACGACACGCAUAAUACCGGCUGUGUUUUUAUUCGAUUUGGAAGCGUUUUAUAGGCCUCGGUUUUUACUCUGUUCGUUACGACGUGUUUAUCGAUCGACCUGCGGAUUUGCCCGUGCCCGCCAGGUCGUUAAUCCCAUCGUUGAAAAAUAAAAUAUAUUAUUAUUUUAGUUUUUCAUCUUUGCUCAUUGGCGGACCACUUUUUGUAUAUAUUAUUAUCGGUAUUUUGCAGGCAGACUUGACCGCCUUAAAUGAUUUGAAUUUGACUUAAAUGGUGCAAAUAUCGAAGACUAGUCUUAAAUACGCCGCUCGUCUGUAUCGUAUACUUUGGACGUUAGAUUAUUUUAAACGCCUUUUUGAAAGCCCUUAAUAUAUGUUUGUCCGUCGUGAAAUUAUAACGUAGGGGAAAACUGCGGAGUGAAAAACCUCAAUAAAACGGUAUUUUUUUCGACCGGUGUAACAAUCAAUAAUUUGAACUCAAUUCGGCGUUUCGUGACAAUCUGAAGUUUUUCACAGCUUACGCGCGUAAGGUUUGCGCGUUUAUAUCUUUAAAUAAUGUAUAGCACGUUUGACUCUCGAAAAUCGCCGACUUACCCAGGUUUCCCCUAUGUACAUAUAAUAUAUCGAUAUUUAAUUUAUAGUGCGCGUACGUAUAUUCUUUUGGCGUGCGGAGGCGUUCUGAACCCGCGGUAGCAAAUAAUUCUUCGCGGACGGCCGCGGAAUUGUAUUGUACGGCGUAAUAGUAUAUACCUACCGGUAUAUCGCGUGUGGACAAAAACGGUCGCAAAGGCCACUGAUACGACGGCAUUAUAUUAUUAUUAUUAUUAUUAUUAUAUAUGUUAUUAUCGCGCGCGAAAUAGGGACCGAGGCGGUCCGGAGAGAAUAAAAUGUAUAGUAAUAAUAUUAUAUAUAAAUCUUUGCGGCGACGGCCGGCGAGCAGGCAUUCAAUUUUCUGAUAAAUAAAAGCGCUUUUCCAAUGUUCUCGCGGUCGUGUGCGUGCGCGUUUCCCCGCUAUACGCCGGAGAUAGUUUCGAUACUUUACCGACGGCGGCGGUGACGUCCAGAUAAUAAAAACCAUCGGAGGGCGUAUAUAGUACUGCACUCGUGUGCACAGUGGAGCGAAACUGUUUAAAUUAAAGGUAUCCGGUAGUCGAAACGCGAAUUAAUACGCACGCGAGCACAGAGUCCGCGCGAAUGAAAAAUGCACGUGUAAUCGGCACACGUGAAUUAAAUAUAAUCCGUGUUCGCGUGUUACAGAGUUAUUCGCGUAUUCGCGUAUAUUAAACGAUCGUUAUGAGUCCAAGCCCGGAUUAAGACGUUCGGAGACCACGCGGGGUCAGACUUUUCAACGAGGCUCUCGUUGAAAGACGAAAGAAUAACAAAUUAAGAAAAAAAUAAUAAUAAUAAAUAGCGUAGACAUCGCAUAGAUCUCAAUGUCCGAAAGCCGCAAAUAUUAUUCGAAUAAAUAAAUGUGUUGUUUCGAGUCAUAAAGCGGAUGGACAGGCACGAAAUGCACGAAAAAAUAUACUGGAAUACAAAAGUACAAAGUCCAAUGCAUACAUUAAUAAGAAGAUAAUAUUGCGGCAAAAUCUGGCCGGGGGCCACGGUCCAGACCCCCUAUUAAUGCGGGUUCGGUUAAACCCUAUACCCAAAGACGUUACAGUGCGAACAUAAACGGGUGGGGGGGAGAGGGGGAGACCGCGGCCUUUGCGCACUUCCAACGUGGUGUCGAUAAACUGAUCACCAUUAUCAGCCACUAAAAUAUAUCGUUACACGUCGGGCAUUCGGUACAAUCGGUGAUACUGAAACACGCGAACUCGCGAAUGCGUACACGUGUAAUAGCGAGCUUUAGUCUAAAUAGUAAAUAUGAGGCUAACAGCAGCUGUGUGUGUGCGCGCGCGCGAUGCUUUUCGGUCGUUGCUGUAGGACUGAACGAAAAACACAAUCGCGCACGAAUUCCAGACGAUAAAUACCGUACAAUCGACCGUAAUCGAAACAGAAAAUUCGUUCGACUUUAGUCAAAACAAAACGAGUGUUUUUUUUUUUUUUUUUUGUCGAUUACACGCGCGUAUUUUACACGUUUUAUCGACGUACGUCAUCAUUUCGGUUAGCCGAAACAAAUUCGUUUCGCGCGUUUCGAGUGUAUCGAUUCUUCGUGUACAAUAUACCUACCUGGGUGUAUAAUAAUUUAGGGCGGCGGUACCCACUAGGGUUCUGGAAACGGCCGAAUAAAACCGUCGACAAUUACUCGCGGGCCGCGUGCUGUUAGCCGAUUCGAAUCGGCGCAAUAUUGGACUGGAAAAAAAAUGGUCUCGACUUAUUUUUGUUUUUAUUUGUUAAAUGAAUUCUUGCGCGUACCUACGUACCUAUACGUCUUGUCUGUCAAACCGGCAAUUCAAUUAAGGCCGAAAAGUGGACAGAUAAAAAUAAACGAGAAUAAUAAGAUAAAUAAAAUACAUUGCAUGUAUUUUAUUUUAUUUCAUUAAACGCGUAGAACGUUAGAUUUUAGAAUGCACGACAAUUUAGUUUCGGACGUUUCUAGUGCGGACGCCGCAAAAUGUAUUAAAAUGUCGCGUAAUGGGGACCGCUGGUACAGGAGGCAUUCCCGUCUAGGCGCAGUUUGUGCGCUAUGCGUUUUUCCGAAAUAACGCGUCAACUAUUAAAUAUACGGUUAAACGAAAUAAUUACAAAAUAACAAACAGCGCUGUGACAUUCUUGACAUUUAGACGCGUGCACGCAAAAUCUGCGGGCACGCAUUUAUACGAGGUACUUUUAGCGCUCAGUUUAUGUAUAUUUAUUUUUAGGUAAAUUAUCGCAAAAUUAUCUUCUUCGCGUUUCUAAUCCGGACGAAAAGUCACCGGCCGCUCGUCUGCAUCCGGACAGUUGAACCGUUACGCAGUUUUCGGUCCUCGACCGGAUGUUUCAAUACUAAAUAUACCUGCUGCAGCCAUGCCUCAAACGUCGGGUAAACGUAAUAACAGACCGCCGGAUACCCGCGUAACGAUUUACAAUUUCGAACCCGUCGGUCACAAUUAAGUUCACGUGAAAAACAACCGUUUGAUUAAAUUAUGUAAACUGCCGUUCGUACAAAUCGUAAACUUUGUGCUCGAGAUUUCCGUCGUUGUGUUUUCCGCGGUCUUUUUAUGGUUGUUUUUACAUAUCCGACGAACCUAACCGCGUGACGUAGAACCGACCGAAUAACUACGCGUCCUCUUCAACGGCCAAAACAUGUUUGUUCGUGAUUUGACUAAUUUAUUAUAACACAUUGCAUAUUGUGUGGUACGCGACUGACGAACGACCCGAUCGUGACAACUCGUUUUAUCGCCGAUCAGACACGUCUGCCGUGCGCGUAUUCGCAGUGCACGCGUGCACGCAAUAUUAUUGUCAAUUGUUUUCUGUUGCAUUGUCGCAACGAUAAAAGAUAAUUAAAAACCGCAUCCGGAUAAAUCUCAACGCCGACGCCGUCCCGGAGGCUUACGAGUCACGAGCUCUCUCUGUAUUUCUCUCUAUCUACCCCCUCCCCCACCCCCAAAUUCAAUCUCCCGUCUUCUAAUACAAUUAUAAUAUCACGCGGUUCUUCCGCGGGUGUCCCGGGGCGCGUGCGCAAACCGUUUCCCGGCGUCUUGCUCUAUAAUCCCGUCGUCCGCGGCACGGCUUCCUAGUGUACGUGCGUUUUAAUUGGUUUUUCUCUCCAUGUCCCGCCGCUUAUAUCUUUUAGGAGCCGGCGCCACUCGCAACACUACGGUUUUCCGAUUUUUCCGAUUUCCCGUCCGUGUAUCUAUAAUCGUAUGCCAUAUCGUUACGCCGUCCGAACGUGUCGACGACGGUGCGUUCGAUAAACGGGCGUAUACCAUUAAUACGCUUUUUUUCAGGAAGCGAAAAAAAUAAAACCCCUUUUGCAAAGAAACAGUUUUUAAUGAUGUUUAUCAUGGAAAACAAUAAAAUUACUCGUAUACACACGAUACCUUGUACACAAAAUACAUGCAUGCAUUGAAUGCGGUGUACGCCCCUUUAACUGAAAAUCAGUGGUGAUUUAAUUAUAUUUUAAAAGGGCGCCUGGAUAUCGUUUAGUCGACAUUGCCGACUUAAUUUUCUGUAUUUAAAUACUCCCUUUUACCAGUUUGCGCUCGUAAUUUUUCUGAUUUUUUUUGGGGGGGAGUACCGAAAACGUAAUUUUUUCGAUUCUUGGCGGUAUACGACCUUUUAACAAACCACCGUCGUCGGUAUGACAUUAUAUUAUAUUAUGUUUCGAUAGCACUCUGUAUUAUAUUAUAUUUAGCACUAAAAAUCGACACGAAUCUCGGUGAUUCUUAUGCCGUACGCGAAACCCGUGGUAGGACAUAAUAAUAAUAUUUUUUUUCACCGACAACGAAUACUUGAAUGCAAAACGCUGAUUUUUUUUUUUUUUUUAUCAUAGUAAUUAAUUAAAGGCGGAGAUAUUGCGAUUCAAUUAUACAUUAUCAACACCGUAAAGCCGGGAAAUACGACACAAUAAUCAGCCGCUUUGUUUGUUUUCCGUAAAGAAGACGUUUUGUUUAUUUAUAUUUCGCAUUAUUCGACGGAUACGGCCGCCGUACAAUACGACUGCGUCACCGUUUCUUUAUAUUAAGUGCUGUUUCGACAACUGACGAUAAUAAUAAAAAAAAAAAACCUCCAUUCCGCCUGAUGUAAUUAACAAAUUAAACAAACAUUUUUUUUUUUUUUUUUUUUACUUUUAUUUAAAUUUUUCAGUCUAAAUUUAUUAUACAUUUUGCAACUUUGGUAUUAUGCAAAUAACGUUAUAAAUAUACAUAUAUAUAUAUAUAACACGCGCAUUAUACGUUAUAUUAUAGCUAUAUAAUACAGGUGUAACGAAGUCAUUAUUAUUUUAUGAAAAGUUGUGUUCAUUAAUUCGCGGUCGUUGUGUAUUAUAAUAUACUUUUUAUGAUAAUCUAAAGGGACAAUAAAAAUAUAUCCGACGUAAACUGUACGCGCGUUAUUGCGGACGAUAAAUAAUAAUAAUUUCGGUCAUUUCCGAUUUUUUUUUUUUUUUUUUUUUUUUUAUCGUUCAAUUAAACAAUUUGAACAUAACCAACUGGUGACACUGUGUUACACGGGCAGCAUAAUAUAUAUAGAGUGUCGUUAUAUGUAUGUUUAUAUAUUAAUAUGUAGAUGCACGCGACACUAUAUAUUGAAACGGCGAUGAAAAUACCACCGCGCUCCGGUCAGAUUAAAAAAAAAACACGCAAAACGUUCGUAGAAUCCGGGGGAGAGGGCGUUCGCGCCCCACACCUCCGUUUACUCUCCGAUAUCAUACGCUCGGCUCGAUUCGUCAUAAACGUAUAAACGUAUGUACGCCUUGUGUAUGCAUUUUUAAAAAGGCCUCUCACCGCGCACCCUCCCCUCGCGUUAUCAUUUCCUAGAUCCGCCUCUGGUCGAAUCGUUUCCAUUUCACAGCCGUCCGCAUUAUGUUAAUUUCAAUAUUACACCUAUAACGCUACUUGUGGCCGGUAUACGAUUUCAAAUCGCGUGUUUGUAAAUAAAUUUCCGGCCGGGUUAAGUACCGGCUAUACCCACACGCCGCCGCCGUCGAAAGAAAUAUUACGCGAACGGGCAAAAGAACUAAGACUGAUUGAUUAUUUUUUUUUUUUCAAUAACCGAUACCGCUUACGAGUGCACCGGCGUUGUAGACGAUGGGAAAUCGGAAAGUCGGUAGAGGUGUUAUACAAAAGUUCGGCGCGAGAAUGUCGGGCCAAUGUCAUUUUUUCGGGAGGUGGGGGGGAAACUACGAACAAAAAUAAUAAUAAUAAAUAUACCAAAAUACGCGUGUCCGUCAGCGUUUUUAAAACAAAAUUCUGAACUUUUUCGGUUGGCCGUCGGUACACCACGGAUUUUCGUUAUAUUUCGACGUUUCGUAAUGCGGGCAAUUUUUUUUUUUUUUAAGAAGAAGAAGAUUAUGUCGUAUUCGCCCGUGGGUGCUGCCCACACCACUCAUUUUAACACCGACUCUAUUCCGACCGUCGAAUUAUUAUUCCGUUACCUUGUAUCAUGAUCGCCUCGAGUUGUCGUUUUGUUAACGAAAACUGUUCACCGAGUGAAAAACUCGUAAAAGAAAAAAAAACGAUACGAUAAUAUAUACAGAAAUUUAUAUUUAAUAUUAUAGUUCUCGCGUAUCUUAUGGUAAACAUCUCUAAAAUUACUUUACUGAUUUUCGAUAAAAAGUAGUCCAUCAUGGCGUUCCAGCGACCGCAACAAAGAAUACGAAAAAAAAAAAAGGAUGAUCGAUAUCGGUCAAAUAGUUUUCGAGAUUUUUGUUCACAAACAAAUAAAAAAACUAUAAUGAGUACUAUGUAUAUAUUUUCACUAUCGGAUAAAACUUUCGGAUAAAAAUUUAAACAUAUUAUUAAUUAACAAUUUGAUGUAGGUACCUAUUUAUUUUAUUACUACAUAAUAGACAUAUUAUAUUUAUGUAAACAAUAGACAAUUUUUUUAUACAUAAUUUUUUUAAAUAAAAUAUUUUUUAUAUUUACAUUAAAUUAACGUUCCCAGUAAGUAAAGUAAUAAAAGUAAGUUAAAGAAGUUACGGAUUUGAAAAUGUUGUUCGUACAGGUUCAAAAUUGAAAUACGGACAAACGUCAUUGACAUACAAUUGACGUACAAUGACGUCGUACCAUUCGGAUAAUAAAUUAUAAUAAUAAUUAUUAUUUAUUAUUACGUUAGCGAAACUUUUUCUAGGGCGGAUUUCUCGGCUGGGGUCGUUUCAACGAAACGGGAAUUUUAUUAUGGACCACACAGUACCAGGAGAACAUGAGGUUCUGUGUGCGCUGCGGCGGCGAGGGCUGCCGCCGACGACUCGUCGCGGCAAUCGCGUCCGAGUCAUGGGCUCCUGGUAUAUUAGGGACUAUUUUUUAUGACGUACGUCAUUCGUAUACGAACAUAAUUUGGUAUUGGUGUAACCGUUCGAAAAUACGGUGUACUUAGAUGUACGAAUCAUUGGUCAUACGAAUUUUUAUCGUAUUGCAUUUAUAUUCGUACGCAUGACGUCGUUAUAUGAUGACGUUUAUCUGCAUUGUAAUUUCGGACCUAUACGAACAACAUUUUAAAAUACGUAUACAUCGCAUCUAUAGUCGCCCGUACAUAUAAACGAAUAAUGGUGGUAUUCUGAAUUACUAUAGGAACAUUAAUUUAAUAUAUCAUUAAAUACAAAAAAAAACGUCCUAGGAUAAUGUCGACGGGUGCAGCCGCUGUAAUAAAUAAUUUAAUGUAUACCUGUAAGCGACGAUAAACCAUUGCUUACGAAAAAUACGAUUCUGAGCGGAGUUCAGUUGAUAGUGAUGCUUUGUCAACAAUAUAUAUAAAAUAAUUAUAUAGGCUUUGUAUAUUUUCUUUAAUAAUAUUCAAAAAUUUAAUACGAUUCGAUUCCUUUUUUUUUUUUUACAGGUUUCGCUUCGCCUAAGAAACCGACCCCAGAACCGGAUUCGUUGCCGACAUUCAGUUCCGAGGGAAAGCGCUUCAGAGUGGUCACUAACGAUACCGUCGUACUCCCGUGUGACGUCAUCAAUCCCGGUAAGUGCGAUUUUCACAAUUAUUUUACACAUUUUUUUUUUUUGGUUUUUAUGUUUAUAAAUAAAAUAUACAUAGGAACCGAAAUUAUUUAUUUUCCUAUAUACCUAACCGAUAACACUACAAUUAAAACUAUUUGAAAGUUGUCGUUUUUUUUAUUUUUUUUUUUUUUUGUAUUAUUAUGGUUUUUCUUUGUUGUUGUUGUCGUUGUAAAUACGGAACUCGGAUAGUGAUCUUGAACGGUCGUGUUUUGAAGACAUUUGAAAAGGACUGACGGGUGUUUUUAAUUUUUAAUUUGUUCGCGGUCGCGGUACAUGCACGUUGAUUUACAUAUUUAAAACGUUGUUAUACUAUAAUAUAUAUAUAUACGUAUAUAAGUUAUUAUUAUAACCACGAAAAAAAAAAUAGCCAUUUCGCCUGCACAGGAACAAACUUAGAAUUAAUGCGAUAAAUUAACCGGCGUGGGCAAGCACACGCAAGUCGAAAAAAAAAAAAAUAACGAAACGCCAUUAACUCAAAAGGGUUGGGAAAAAUGUUAUUUUUACACCUCUCUACACUUGAUAUAUAAUAUGAAUGUGGUAUAUAUAAACCUAAUCAAAUAUUUCCCUUCGACAAAAAGUGUGUAUCCAAUCGUACACCGAAAUAUAAUAGUAAGUACAAUAAACGUAAAACACCGCAAAUUAAAAAUUAAAAACAUUUUAUGAAUAUAGGUACGAAUAAAAAAAAAAAAUUAUCGUCUCGUAUGAUCCCGUGGGUAUAUAAAAAAAAAACGUACUUAGAGGAGGGUAUCGAGAAUAUUUAUAUAUAUAUAUUAUUUAUACAUAUUUAUAUAUUCAUAAAAUCGAAUAAAGCCUUUGUUCGACCGGGUGUAUUAUAAAAUUCGCAAUCGAUAAAAUGUAAAAAAAAUAUAAUUUUUCGGUGGAAAGUUUUAGAAAAACAAAUUAAUGUUUUGUUUAUGACGUUGUAACAAACUGUACGAAAACAAAUCCCAGCGGGUUUAAUCGACCGCGCUAAAAAUAAUGCUUUCUAUUAUUAAAGGAUCGUUAAUUUCAUUUUGAUUGAUUUUCAUUAAACGGGGAUCAUGUAAUACCUAUUAGAAUACAAUAGCUCGGUAAAUAUUCUUUAAGUCUUAAAUUCCUAUGAUUAACCGCUUCGGAGUACCUAUACCUGUUAUUUGUUGUAAACUGUCGAGAUUUUUUCGUUUCCCCCCCCCCGGAACAAACAAUACGAUUCGUUCGUGCAUCAUCGGUUCUAGUGAACGGUUUAAUUUUUUAAAUAUUAAUCAAUACAUUUUUACUAUCAGCUAUACAAGCAUAAGCGUACGCGCGGGGAAGACAGAUGGGCAGCCGUCUCGCCUGCGCGAUUUUCUACCAAAGCCUUUUAAAAAAGAAUAUAUAUAUAUAUAUAAUAUGUUAGCUAAUAAUUUUUUGAAAUUUUCAAUCCCAACGGCCCUACGUAAUUUUGUGCGUUGGUGCGAACAGGGAGAAUUAGAAAGGUUCAGCCCCAUCCCCUUAUGCAAAUCGACUCCGCAUCGAGUAAAAAUACCGAGGACAGUAAAUCGUUAUUCCGGGGGCUUUAACUGACACCAAAUCAUUUGGGCUUUUCGCGCCUAACGCAAGUUUUUAUUUAUUUUAUUAUUUUUAAUCGAUUUCAAAUAUCAUCGUCACCCCUACCAAUAGGAUCUGCACACGAGUAUGCCUAUAUGUUAUAGAUACCUAUAUUGACAAUAAAUGGACGGUAAUUCUCGAAUCGCCUCCUAAAUUUAAGUAAGUGGCCUUUUUUCACUCGAACUGCCUCCAGUUAUAGCAUACCUAAAUUAUUAGUUAAUAAAUCAAUAGUUGUAUCUGUACUAUCGAUUAUUUUAUCAAUUUCCGUAAUGUUCAAAAAUAUUAUUUUUAAGACAUACGGUAUUUCCGUACAUUUUCACAUUUCAUCUAAAUUAUUUUACGUAUUGACUAUGUAUUAUUUUUUAUUAUCAUUAAUAAUUAUAACUGUUGUAUCGAUCUAUUUACCGAAAUAUUUAUAGUUAUUUAUGCAACCAAUUCAAGAUUUUGACGUAUAUCAUAUUGAUACAUUUAUUAUUAUUUAUUAGUUUUAAUUAACAUUAAAUCAAUCAACUUUGACUUUGAAUUUAAUUUAUUAAUAUUUCCUAUAACGUAUAAAUAGUUAGAAAUCGAUUAGUUAUAACUGUCGGAGGCGAUUCGAGUACAAGAGAGUCACCUAAAAUAGGAGGCGAUUCGUGAGCGCCCAAAUGGAUAUUUGACACUUCAAAUCGAAUUUAUCGAAUCAAAACCUCCGAUAACGAAAUAAUUAUUAAACUCAGAGCCACAUUUAAGGUGGGGCUAAGUGGGUUGUAGCCCAGGGGCCCCUGUAAAUUUUGGACUUCAUAUUUUCAUAAAUAUUAAACGGUUAAAACAAAAAAAAAAAAUAAUAAUAAUAUAUUAAAUUUUAAAAUAAAUAAGUAAAAUACGGAAUUUUCUAUUUUAAAUUAAAUUUUCGUUAGAAAAAUAACAGUUUUUUUUUUUUUUUUCGAUAUUUUACCCAUUAUUUUAUUAACGUAUAUAAUGUGAGAUCUAAUAAACGAGAGGUGUUCUAAAAUCGAGCAAAGAAAGAUCUCUGUGUCGUCAAUCACCAUCAAUCUUUACAAUAUUAUUGAAUACGUUUAUCUAAACAAUACACACUAGCGAUCUGAAAUUAUACGUCAAAUUAUUGGUAACGCGGCGGUAAACGACGAACGACGAAUUAAAUUAAUAUUUAAGCAAUUUAUAUUCCGUAAACUCCGUAUCAUGAACUACCCGGUUUAAAUGUUUUUAUAUUUUAUUACUAAGUAAAUUAAAUAAACAGAAAAUCAACAAAUGUAUUGACCCUUUUAUUUAUUUUCGGCCCCACAAUAUAUUCCGCACACGGGCCAUCACGUAUCUAAAUCCGCCCCCGAUUAUUUAAACUGUACAUUAAUAUUAGAAGUGCCGUCGUACAUUUUCUUUAGAUUCCGUCCAGUACCUAUAUUUUUUGUCUUUACUAAUAAUGUUGUGCACCUUAACGUAAAAGUCGAUUCGUUUGACGAUAGGUUCGGUUUAAAACCUAGCUGUGGUCAUUGCAAGGUAAAUGCGAAAUGUACUUUAUAAAACAUUGGAUUUAUUUUCUACGCUCGUUAAAAAUAUCGGUUCGGAACGUAAACAAUAUAAAAUAACGCGAUAUCAAAUUAAGAUUGUAAAAACAUAUAAUUUUAUGUACGUAUAUUUUUAUGGUUUUGAAAAUCGCGGGUCGCUAUAGCGUUUUAUUAGGCAGGUAAUAUUAAUUAACGAUAAAAUUGUUGCAUUCAAACUACAACAAUACAUAUAGGUAUUCAACAUAAUAAUUAUAAUUGAAGCUCGUAAUUAAAUCCGUACCGGAUAUUCGUAUUUUAUAAUUUCUCUUUGGGGAUUUGGUCUGCAGUAUUUUUUUUUUUUAAUGCAAUUUUCAGAAUAUUGAAUUGAAUUGAAAAAUGUACAAAAAAAUUAAAAAUGUCCGCACAAAUUUCUCUUUGAUGUAAAAGCUCGUUCCGUUUACGUUAAAUUAUUUGAAUAGGUAUCUAUUAAGUUACUGCGUACAUUUUUUUCUACUACGAGUAUAUUUACGCAAAAUGCUAUACGAGAUAUUAUUAUUUUAGUGUUUGCCAAGAGAAAAUAAACCGAGCACAUCUGUGGACACAAAUAAAGACCUGGAGUGCUAAUAGUUUGUUUUUCAUAUCAUUAAAAUACAAGAUGUGGAUGUCACACUAUAUAUAUAUAUUAUUACCCAUUGCGAUAUCUCGGAAAGUAUUAACUUCCUUCUGAAUUUUUUUUUUUUUUAUGAUAAAUAUUAGGAAACGAACAAUUUCUAAAAUGUUUUAAAUUACCGUUAUUUUUUAUCAACCUUGUUUCUGAAGGUGAAGCCAUUGUACCCAUUUUCGAUUUUCAUUCGUUAGAAUGCGUGAUGUUUUAAAUCAAAAUCGUAAUGGUCAACCGAGUUUUUUUUUUUUUUUUCAAAUACAGCUCCCGGUACUUCUAUUACAGAUUGUAUAACAGUAAUUGAAAUAUUAUACUGAUAUCAUUACGAAGAAAACGAAUAUUGUCUACCUAUAUCAUAGUAUAGUGAUAAUAAAAUAACAAUAGGUUAUCCAAUAAUAUAGGCAUGACUUAGUUACAUAAAACAUAAUAAACUCGUGUGAGUUGCCCGAUAUUAAUGAAAACUGAUAAAAAGUAUAAUGUUUUAGAGACAAAUCCGCCAACCAAACGGUAUCAAUCGAAAUACGACUAACGAAUUUAUUAACUCUAAACGUGCGUGUGCGGUGAAUAAACAAUAAGACGUUCGACUAGAACAGUGGUUCCUACCACUGUUACCACAUAGUCGAUUUUCCACCACCGUGGACCACUUGGUUCCACUCCCCCGCAACUUAUUUCUUUAUAGUUUAUAAUUAUUUUAUACGUGCAUAAUAAAAUCAGCAAUAAUGUAAGCUAACUACUUGAGAUGAGUUCACGGACCACUUGAAGCAAAUGGAUUAACGGAGGAACAAAAGAAGGUUCGUUCCUACGGUUAGUUUGUUCGCCGAGUUCAGGAACGGUUUUUCGCGAUCCUUGUCGAUUUUUAUUUCAAUAACAUUGAAGGCGGAAAUUUUUCACAGGCCUACAAGCGGUAAACGCGUAAAUACGCCCCCGUUUAUACGUGUACGCGUUAUUAGGGUGGCGAUAGUUUAGAACAGUUUUCGCGCGUACCUCCUUCGAAUUGUAUGAAAAAAUUAAUUUUAGAAAAACUUUAAAUAAUCGCGCGAAAAAUCAAAAAAAAAAAAAAAAGUCUACCCGCAACAAUAUAAUACUCGCUCGCACCGGAUAUAAAACGCAUUAACAUAUCAUUUGAUGAGUAUGCGGCGAGGUAAUUAUACAAUUAUUAAUCGUUCGUUUACGUCACAUACUAUACGCACUUACAUACUAUCCGUAACAUUAUUACUUCUGUAUCUGACGGUAACUUUAAAUAUUACGCUUGGUUAUUGAGUUUUCCAUAAUAUAGGUAGGUACAGAAACGUUUCAUCUUUUACGACCCCCGAAAUCCGUUCGUUUCGAACAAACUGCUUUAUUGCAGCGAUGUGUACGUAUAUACCUAUACAACCACACAAAGUUAUACAAAUAUUCGACCGGAGUAAUUUGAAUUCAAAAGUCUCCGAUCCAAAAGUUCGAAUCUUUUUGAAAGUCUUAUGAAAUAAUAUCAGUACCGAUAACCGCGGUACACAUAUUAUGAAACACGUUUUUAAUGAAAAUAUUUUCUCGGCAACGCAUAUUUUCAUGUUUUCAUAGAAAACUGUUAUUGUAUCCGUCUAACUUUUUACACCGCGUGAGCGUAUUAUGCCAUAUUAUUUUAAUAUGAUAAUAUCAUAAACGGGGUCGGCUAAGAAAAACCCAGCCCCCCCAAAAAAAAAAAAACAGGACGGGAUUUUUAUUAAUUUUUUUUUUUUUUAAUUGGUUAAGUUAGUCUAAAAACACUAGCCCAGUCACCCCACCCCCCCAAAAAAAAAAACAGAAUAUUCUCAAUCGUUAUAAACGAUGAUUUUGAAAUUGUAUAGUUUAUUUAUUUUUUCCGCAUUGAUAAAAAAAAUUUAAUAAUUCUCAAUAUUUGGAUAUAAUAGUUAUUGAUAACGGCUGACUAGUUAUUAUUAUUAAUUACUCGCCUAAUUCACUUGUUACGAUAAAGGAUUAAAUAUUUAGGAAUAAUUUGUUUUAAAAUGUUUAACCAUUCGGCUGUAAAAUUAAAAGUCACCGCUGGUAAAUAUUUUAAUAUACUCGUAUAUGAAUUAUACAAAAAAGUAGUAUUUUUUUUUUAUUUUUUUUUUUUUUUUUUUUAUGUGGUAUAUUAUGUUUAAAUGAAUGUUUUUUUUCCAACCCCUAUUUAAAUACCUUCAAAAUACGCCAUACAAAACCGGGGUAAUUUUGUUAGUUUUCAGGAUUUUUCAAUAAGUCUCCGGUUUUUGCCAACCCUGAUUACUACAGUAAUAGUGUAUAAUAAUGCACUCGCGUUUAGACAUUAUUUGUUCCUUCGAUUUUUAUCCGGUGUACGUAUAAAGAGAUAAUUAUAUAGGUACACUAUAACUGAAUUAUCGAUUAUUCAAAUAUUCUGCGUUCGCAAAAAUGUAAUCAUAAUAUUGAUAUAAUACGAUUUGAUAACGUAACUAAUAAUCUAAUUACUACUGUGGAAAAUAUCGUCGAAUGCGAGUUAACCCCGGUGCACUGUAAUGCGUUUAAAUAAUUUAAUUUAUUUCCAAACGUUAUUUUCGAUUAAAAAAAACAAAAUAAUAAUAAUAAAAAAAAAAAAAUGUCAAUAGUAAUAAUAAAUUGCGCUAUAUAAACCCUAUAUGAAUCGGACCAGAUAUAAUUUAUUGAAUAUACAAAUGAAAAUGUCAAUAUUAAAAACUGAUAAGAGCCUAUAAUAUAUUAUAAUGAACGGUACCUAUAUACACAUAGUAAUGUUUAUUAUUUCGCUUGCUACAGUUUUACACACAUUGCCCGGUCGUUUGUUAUAAUAAUUCUGUUUUUCGAUUUAAUUUUUUUUACGUGUUGUUUUUUUUUUUUUUUUUUUUUUUUAAUAAUAUUAUUAUUUACUUUAUAUACCCGUUAUUUUCCUCUUCGACAAUAAUCGCAUAAUGAAAUUAAACCGUAAUGUUAUUCGAAUUAACCCCGACGAAGCCCCCGGGCAGUUUAUCGGACAGCUUUUAAGUUAUAUACACUGCACAAGUACUUGUAUUAUAUGACGAUGAUUGCGUAAAAAACGUAAUGUUAUAUUACAUUCAAAACAAUUUGAAUAUAAUCACCCUUUAGAAAUGUUUAUCCGGUGUGUAAAUUGCCCCGCGUACAACGUAUAUACCUACCUACAAUAAAAUGAAACGAUUAAGAGUAUACAAUGGUUUUCUUUUUAAUUGUUGGUUUAUAAUAACUAUUGGUUUUUCAACACAAUGUACUUUUUUUUUUAAAUUUUAAUUCCCCUCUCCUACGUCAUCUACUUCGUGUAAGCAUGUAUCUGAAGAUAAGAUACACGUGAAAAAUAAACGACUGCGUUUUGAACAUGCAAAGUUUAUAACAUUGAAAAUAAAUGGAAUAGAAAUGCCUAGUUCUUGGAUUUUUUUGCAGUACAUAUACCAGAUAUUUUGUUUUAAUACCCAUACAGUGUUUUCAAUAAUAAAUUGUUUAUUCCCCUCGGAUAGUAUAUUAUUCCUAAUGUAUAUGUAAUGGUGCAAGAAUGGUUGUUAGUGCAAGAAGAAUCUGUUAUGAAAUAAAAAAAAAUAAAAAAGUUGGACAAUAUUUAUGGACUAUGAUACAUUUUUUUUUUUUUGGAAUUUUUUGCACCCGACCAUAUAAUAUUAUGUACGUACGUGUAUAUGGCGCUAGACAAGUUACCUCAAAACGAGUAUCUACAGAUAAACUGUCGAUAGUAUUAAGAUCUAUUGAUUCACAAAACGUGAUAUACUCGAUACUUUCAAGAACUGCAUACAGGAUACAAUAUUGUAUCUAUAAGAUUAUAGUACCUAUAUAUUUAAUAUACUUUCAUCGACGAUACUACUCAACCCUGACGUCUGUAUAUAUCGAUCACCGAAAAUCCAAAUAAGCCAUCAUUAAGUUCACUCCUGCAAUAUAAUAUAUAUUGUAAAUUCCUAGGAAAUCGUGAAGAAUUCCGUAAAUGGUUGAGCGAAUCAUUUACGCAUCACGAAGUUUUAUUAAAUGCAAUGAAGGUGCUAUUAGGCAUAUUAUCUGGGAUAUCGCCGCCGCGUACAAAUGACGUCACGGAUAUAAAUGGAUCGUGGCAUAUUUUUAUAUAUUUUUUUAAUAUAAUAUUUGAAUGAUAAAAUACUGAAUUUUAUUAAGUUGUAUACACUUGUUUAUUAAUACGAUAAUAGGAUAGUAAUAAUAAAAAAAAACCAAACAACAAUAUAGUUUCAUAUGCAACAACAGUUAUUGAUUUCACUAUAAUAUUCUGAUUUCAAGCGUAGCGAAAAAUGUAUUACAUAAAAUUAAUGAACGUUGAGCAUACGAUAAUCGUGCAUGAUUUCUAUAUACGCAUCACCGUCAGUCUAUGCAUUCGUCAGAUAUUAUUUACGUUUUUAAAUAUGUUGUUAAUGUUAUAACAUUAAGUCGGAAUGAGAAAAGGACGGUCUAAUAUAGUGUGUAUGAAACAAAAUGUAAAUAUGAGUAUAAAUUAUAACAUAAAGCGUCCAAUACAGAUAUGUUGGAUAAAGGUGGUCCGAAAAACCAGCGCUUAAAUACAAUACUACAGGCAACGUGGUGAUAAUUCGUCUAUAUAAUGGAAAGGGGAAAGUUCACCGUAUAAACUCAAAAUACAGAUAGACAAGUUUUAUGUGAAAAUAGCAACAGAAAAGCUACACAGAUUGCAAGAACUAAUAAGUCGGUAAUAAACUUGGCAACAUCAUCUCUGGUCCCCCGUUUAGUCGUAGAGUCGUACCUACGCUAUUCUAGAGUCGAAAUUCUGUUAUUUGUUGUUCCGACACUCCUCCGAGCACAAUCGUGCAAUUAUUACCUAAAAAGGUAAAACGCGUUCAAUCGUAACCCGCCGUUUCUGUUUUUCUAAUUUUGUUUUUCUUUUUGUACCUUAUUGUUAUCUAAUCGUAUUCAGUGUCGGGGAGGAACGCGUACCUUUUAUUAGGACGAAAGCUGGAAUCACAUUUGAAAUAAAGAAACGAGGAACGAGAAAGCGUAUAUAUUUAUGAAGGAAUGUGAACGGAAAUUUCCGUUCCAUUUUUCCCCCCUAAAAAUUUAUCAAUUUACCGUAUAUUAUACGAAUGAUCACAAUUUAUAUCUACAAUCGUGAUUAAAAUAUCAAUAUUUCCUAAAAAUUGUUUAGUGAUUGACACCGUCGCCAUAAUAUGUAUACGUAUAUUAUCUGCUAAGGUAUUUUCAAAUUAAGAAGAAUGAGAACAUAAAAAAUUAGAUCGUUAUUAACAAUAUAAGGAACGCUUAAAGUAUCGAGUUCUUUUUUAAGGAACGAGGAACAAGAACGCAUUCCUUUUUAAAAGGAACAUUCCCAACGCUGAUCUCUUGAAUUGUAUUUCUCGUAUAGGACUAUAUUAUACUACGUCUAUAGUAUAAAAUGAGACCAUAAGUUAUAGAUUACCUAAAAAUAUUAUAUUUAAUUUAAUUUUCGUUAUCAGUACAACAGAAAACUUAAGUUAGGUAACUAAAACAUAGAAAACAAAAAAUAAAUACGGAAUCAAAAAAAAAUACUUUUUCACUCUUAUAGAACUUAAGUUUUUUUUUUUUCAAUUCACUUAAUAAUUUCAAAGGAAAACUUCGUAUAAUAUCGACAACCAGUGUAUUGUGUAAAAGUUUAUUAUACGCAUAAUAUUGUUUGUUUAUUUUUUUUGUGUUCUGCAAAAUGAAAAUUUAUUUCAAAUUGAAAACUCAAUAGUAAGUUAGAUUUGACAAAUUAAAAUCAUCCAUAAUAAUAUAUUAUACUAUAAUCGACUAUUUUCGAAAAAUGUAUUUAAACUGACGGAAUAAAAAUUCUGUACAAUGUCAGUGUGCAUUAUUAUAAUAUCGGGCAUGCUGUGCAGUAUACACAUACCUUUUCUCUUUUUUUUUUUUUUGUGAUCUAUAAAAUUAAAUAAGUGUUCGUGAACAAUUAUUUUAAACGUUGAAACGUAUUCGAUGUUGACCAUUUGUAUGCAAUAUAUAAUAUUCCGACAUAAAAUAAGAUUUUCCAAUAUUCUCUAGUUGUAUUUUUUUUUUUUUAAUUUUUUUGGAGGAUGGGAGGGAAUUAUUCGGCAUCUGUUCAUCUCAAAACCAAUCCAGUUGACUAUAUCUAUCGCUAAAAUCUUUCGAUUCAGUCCACCACCUAAAGCUUCUACGCACGUAAUCUUUCAACAUCAUCCCCGGCCUUCCCAAAGGUCUUUUGCCUAUUGAAAUCGGUUCCUCUAGUACUGAGUUUCGGAUUCUCCGUGCAUGUCCGGUCCAUCGCAACAUUCCUUUUUGUACGGUCUCUGAAGUAUUGUAUUCUCCGAAUAUUAUCCGCUGUCGUUCUGUCCUUUGUCUCCGCUCUUUCCGGUUUUGACGUUUUAUCCAUUACUAGUCCAAAGAUCUUCCGCGAUACCUAAUUUUCUCUCGGGUAUCAAAUAUGUAUUUUCGUCUGUGAUGUUAGGUUUGCUCAGGCACGGUUUAUAAUAAUGAUAUAUUCAAACACGGCCGUGACGAGGAUAACUCGGGUCCUAAAAUCCUGUUGAAUUAUAAUUAUUAUUAUUAUUACAAUAAUUUAAUUGGUUUAUUAGUUAUUAUAAUAUAAGCAAUCGAUUUAAUCGGCAUUACAUUUAUACGCAUUAAUUAUUAUCUAUUCCUAGUGACGGAACAAUAUUAAUUAACAAACACUAAUAAUAUUCAAAUUCAACAAUGUAAUUGUCAAGAAUGCAAAUUCGAAGUUACAUAAAAAUGAUAAAAAAAAAAAACAAAUUAUACGCGUUAGCAAUGUUCGAUCGGUGGAAUACAAUUACUCGCGUCGUUAUAAUAAUUAUUUAGUUCAUUAAUAUUCGGUUUUAUUUUAUUUAUUCUUUCGGGGAAAAUAUCCAAUAUCAAAUCAUGCCGGUACCUACAUCGUAACACAGUCACUAAAUAGCCGCAUUUUUGUAAUUAAAUUUAACUAUUCGUGUAACUAUAACAGUAUAAGCCUGGUCCACACGACGAUAGUGUUACUAGAUUACUAGAUCGUAAAGGUCGGUGUCGCGAUAACACCCGACAGUCAACUGUCGUGAGACACAGCGUUCACUUUCACGCAGUAGGAGUGAAUGUUCGUACAGUGGAUUUUGAUGGAAGUGUCCGUGAGAGUGGCGCCACGACAGUAAAACAAAACGAUAGUAUACAACGUGUCCGGUACACCACGUAUCAAUACAGUAUGCAAUAUGACUGGAAACGAGAUCGUUAUCAACGGAAAGAUUGCGUAGUAACGGUACACUUGAACAUAAUUUCAGUCCGCGGCCCACACUAUGAUAAAUUGCUAUCACUCUCGAGAUAGUAGUUAUCAACACGCAUGCUAAUGUAUACGAUAACAGCUUCUGUGAUAGUUUACUACUUACGGUCGCACUGUUCACACAGCGACGAUAGUUCAUGAUGGUUUCUAUCCCGUGACCGUCACGACAGCAACACUAUAGCCGUACGGACCAGACUUACCAAAGUAAUGUUAACAGUAUUACAAGGAUAUAAUAAUUCACGAUAAUUAUGAAACACACAUUUCUUUAUAAUCGAUUUAAGUCAAACUGUUACGGCACACGCGCUUGUAUACCUAUGCAUAAGAACUAAUAUAAAAGAACAGUAUAUUAUUAUUGUAAUAUUGUUUCUAUAUUAUUAUAAUGCGUACAAGUAUCGGUUUGGAUUUUCGUUUAUUCAAGCUAAAACCGUGUUGAAAAACUCUUGUAGACGUUUUUUUUCCUGUUAAAAAGACCAGUGGCUUUGUUUUUCAAAUUACAUUAAUAUCCCCUCGGAAUAACAAAAGAAAACGCACUCGACAAAAAAAAAAAAAAAAAAAUGAUAUUUUAAAACCCUGCAUGAUGAAAAAUCUCCCCUACAUCAUUCAUUUGUGUGCGAGGAGGGUCCCACUUAUGGCGACUUGAAAAAAAAAAAAAAAAAAAAAAAAUGAUAAUAAAACAGUAGUUGUAUAACAAUAAAAGUUCAUCGUAUCUAUGUAUUAUAUACCCAUAUAUGUACGCCUCUAAAACACCGCACAUCCCCUUCUCGCGUUACUAAUAAUAAUACCUGCCUAAUGAAAAAUUCUUUUCACGGCGCAUAAUUUUUUACGCUACUCCGAUUUUUUAAACUCUCUCUGUUAUAUAUAAUAUACCGCCACCGUACCUGUACACGAACAUAGAAAACAUAUAUAUAUAUAUAUAUAUAUUAUAAUUUAGCUGUAGUCGUACACGUUUUUUACUACUCCGGACCCGCGACCACCAGAACCCCUCCCCCAUCCCUCCACCCACCAAAAAAAAAAUAUAUAAUAUUAUUAUUUUUGCUGUCCCCCGGCGAGACCUUUUACGCUUGGUACUGUACUUUAUACAAGUAUACAUAUAUAUAAUAUAAAAAAAUAAAAAUAAUAAUAAUAAUAAUAAUAAUAAUAAUAUAAUAUUUGGUCACGUGCAACCUAUACCUACAUAAAUAUGAGUACCACCUACCUACUACACCGCCGCCUCCGCCACUAUUACAAGAGUAUAUUACAACGUGUACAGUGUAUCCUGUGUAUAUAAAAAUACGCGGAUAGGGUUUACCGAUGCUAAACAAUAAUUUCCGUUGACACAAUGUAACAAAGUGCAAAAGGUUUUCGUUUUUUUUUUUUUUCGUUACUCGCGUUCGUAUCAUUAUUUAUCAUCGGGCAAUUUUCGCCGGACGCACGCGAGCAUCCGCAGAGACCGCACGUGUGACACGCGCGCGCGAUAUUAACGUGACGUAGUGUUAUUUUUUUUUUUUUUUAAAUUACGGUAAUAAUCUUUUGCGCGAAAUAUUCUCUCGAGAAUAGUCGGUAAUUUUCGUUGUUAUUUUUUUCCCUUUGAAAUUUAUAACAAUUUUUUCUUUGUUUCGCAUAGAGUACGAGAUAUAGAUGAAACAAAAAUAGAAAAGAAAAUAUACAUGGAAUGAAGUGGCCAUACGGCGACAGUAUUUUGGCGGGGGUAAAAUGUAUAACAUAAUAUUAGAGGCUCGGAGAAAGGACGAAAGAUUACGCGCUCGCCAGUAUUGCGUAUUAUUUACACUAGCCGAACGAAUUUUACGCGCAUUUUCAUUAUAUCGAUUCACAAACAGUCAUAAUUCAUAAGCCGUUGAACUCGGAAUCCAAACAAAUGAUUGUUAUCGACCGAUAAUUUAAAUGCCGAUAAGAAAUAAUUACGUAGGCGCUAAUAUUAUGUACGCGUAUUCGAUUGCUAUAGUAAAGAAAAAUAGCUAAUUAUUAUUAUUAAUUACGAACAGGAGCGGAUUUCGGGGAUGUAUUUAUUCACCCUCUUCCCUCCACACAGAACUCGUCGGAUAAAUUCGUCUAAUGAUGUUAAAUAUAAUAUACAAUUUUAACGCGAGAAGUAUUUUGUCCCGGCGGUUAUUACACCGCCAACCGUAAUGAAAAAGGUCGUAUCUCACUUUUUUUUUUUUUAACUUCUUAUCAAAUCUCUUUGGGCGUAAGAGAUACGAACUUUUUCGGGGGCGGUGCUGAAAAAAAAUACGUCCUGAAUCCGGGAUGCGACCUUUGCAGUCUUUGUGACAGGCAACAUUAUUAUAUUAUAUUGCGUACAAUGUGUAUCUAUUCCGAUCGUGUCAAAAUAUUAAACGCUAAACGUAAAAUAUUUAUUUCAUUUGAAUUCCGUACAAUGAAUACUGGACCUCACUGAGAAAAACUCGUGUAGGAGUUCUUACAAAAAAAAAUAAAAAAUUGCUUGGAUAAUAAGUAGUUGACAUACACUAGGAGUAUACAUUUCAAUUAUUACAAUAAUUAUUUUGAAAAUUCAUAAUAAACAAAAUAAACAAAUAAAGUAAUAAAUUACCAUAAUGAUUACUCGAAGAAAUGAAUUAAACAUUAUGACUAGCGUAUUUGGCUUUAUUAAUAGCUAUUUUUUCUUGUAAGCUUUUAUUGCUUGAUUUUGCCACAUGUAGAUAAGUUUAAUAUAUUAUAAUCUAUGACGCCGACACUCGUGUACUUAUUUUUUAUCUCGUCGCAGUAUUAGGUAUACACCAAUUUUAUUGUUAUUAUUACCCGCGGAUUCGGAACAAGAAAACGGGAGGGAAAGUGAUUUUGAAAAUUCAUAUAAGGUAUACAUUUAUGAUAGAAAUGAAGAUCAGAGUAUAUUUGAGAGCAAAUGGGAGGAGGACAUUUGACUCUAUUACUCCCCCCCCCCUGGAUCCGCCAUCCAGAUUAUUCGUCAUAACGACCAAAGGUGUUAAUUGAUAACGUUUAACCUGAACAUUUUUUUUCUGAAUAAGCGACCAAAUUACUAUUAGAACACGUUCAGCAUUUUGUGCGUACACCUAUACCGGCUGCUUAAUCAUCCAGCACUCCCAAAUCCUAGAGCCCAUGAACCGUUUAUUCGUUAUUAUCAUAUAGAGACGUACCCCCGCACAGAGUAGAAUUUAGAAUUUUCAAUGAAAAUGCACACCAUUUUAAACUGUAUAAUAAUAUACCUAAUAUAUUUUAUUCGCAUUCGGUUUUCACCUUUUAUAAUAAUAUAAUACAAUAACGGAAAUAUUAUUCUAAUAUUUUUCCAACGAGAAAAAAUGUACAAACCGAACGCCUCGUAUUAUCAUAGUACAGUGGUCCCCGCUUAUAAUGUGUUCACUAGUUAUAAGAAUCGGCCGCUUUUAGUGAUCAGUAAGGCCAGGAACGGAACAAACAGUAGUUAUCGGUGCAUCUUUCGUCGCUUACUGUGUUCAGAUUUUCGGUUAUAGUGAUCAGAAAUAGAAAUUAUACAAUAAUACACAAAGGGAAGAAAAAUCUGACGAUUGUUAAUUUACGAACCUAAUCUAAUCUAAUGUUAGUGUAACCCAUCUAAAGCCCCCUGUAAACUGUCAGUCUUGACUGUCAAUUACGUUGAUUGUAUGUGUAUGUGUAUGACUGACAAUGACCGACAGACUGACAAACUAAUUGUAUGGCUGAUGCAAUUCAAACCAGUGGCGCAAUUUGUGGGUAAGUUGGCAAAGUGAAAUUUCGGAGCCCCGAUAAAUCUAUACAAAAAAAAAAAAAAACAGCUGAACACCGCCAACUUAUUUGAAAGAAUUUAUAAAACGUAUGUAUGUACAUAUGUAAAAUAUUUUUUUACCUGUUUUUGAGUCGCCGCUUAUAGUGAUCAAAAUACUCUCGGACAAAUAUAAUUUCUAUAAGCGACUACCACUGUAUUAUAAUAUUUUAAUAUAAUUAUCACUCAUCGAAUAAACAUUAAGCGAAAAAUCUAUUGAAUUUUCGUAUUCAAGACAUUUUUUUUUUUUUACAAUAUUAUUUUAUUAUUAAUAGGCAUAGGUAUUAUAAUAUUAAUAACUUGUGCGGAUUAUUAUAUUAUUCAUAAAAGUUCAAUAAGUAUAAUGCAAAUUUAUGUUCCACGAAACGUGAAAAAAAAAUUCAUAUCCGACUUGAAUAAAAUUAUUAUUUGCAUUGUUGUUGGUUUUUUUUUUUUUUUUUUGUUAUCUUUAUUAAAAUUAUAUUUCAAUAAAGAACAUAUUAUUAUAUUUUUUAUCUACUAAAAAAAAAAAAAAUAAUAGUACGUUAUAUUGUAUCUUUUUCAUUCAUCAUAUACUGUCAAAAUGUAAAUUACUAUUUACACGACGUUUUCAGAGGUAUUGCGAAAAACGAUGAAAUUAUAUAGCGUUAGAGAAUAAUAAAAUUUUCGGGGCAGUAAACACACGAUAAAAAAAAAAAAAAAGAAUGGUUCACUUAUUUUAUGAUAAUACGCAAUUAAAACGCAGAUGGUGCUCUAUAUAAACAAGUCGGUUUUAGUACGCCUUAGUAGUUUAAAAAUACCGAAAAUAAUGCGAGCGUUUAUAAAUGUUAAUUUUUUAUGAUAUUUCGGGAGUAAUAAUAUAUACCCGGUAAGUAGGUAUUUUUCGCGAUUUAUGAUAGCGCUGUUCUUAUACUUACGUUGAAAUUAUAAUUCGAUGAUUAAAAAAAAAAAAGAGAGAAAAAAGAAACAUAAACUACAAUAUAAUAUGCGUCCUGUACUCGGCCAUAAUCAUAAUUCGACGAUAACAAAAUAUUAUGGCUGACCUCGAGUCGCGGGUCCGACGGCGUGAAUUGAACCCCGGCACAUUUUAACGAGUACCCGAGCUGGAUCCCGGCAUAUUUAUUCAGGCAUAUUUUAUUUGAUUAUUAUUUAUGUAUUUAAAACUUAAAUCCAGCCUAAUAAAGUGACCCGGGAAACACCACGUGGAGAUUAGGUUAGAAAGUCUCCCGGAAAUUUCGAUUAUUGUUACUUUAUUAAUAUACUCUGAUAAAAUUACAAAAAUAUUAAAAUUAUUAUCGAAUUUUUUAUACAUUUGUCUAUCCAGAACCUUACUAUCACAGUUUUCGCGAUUAUGCUCGUUACAUUUUUUUUGUUAUUUGUAAGGUGGAUGAUACUUUUAAAAAACACGUAUUUUGAAAACACUUCCAACGUUGUAUGUCAUUCAACAACAUUUGUGCAAACGAAAUUUAAAUCUAUCCUCGACUAAUAGUAAUGUACUAAUUAGUACUCGUUGUACUAAAUUUUACUAAACGUUACCACAAAACAUUUUAAUUGUUACUUAUAUUUUAUUUAUAACAAAUAGCAAGACUAUAGCCUACAACCGUUAAUUUGUCCGGGUGACAACUACUUCUUGUAGUGUUGAAUGCGCUAUCGAACGUUGGCAAUCAUGCUAGCAAUUUGAAGUUUAUCAUCCAUUGACUACUCUGAAUAGUGAACUCGUAGAUAAUAUGUUGAACCGCUUACUGAGAUUCUUCCGAGGUCUUCCGCGACUUCUUCCAACCGUAGUUUUCCCUUGGAUUAGUAAGUUAUAUUUUUCUGCGGGGUGCCGUAUGAAAUGUCCAAAGUAUUGAAGUUUUCGCACUUUUAUGGUUUUCACUGUUUUCGUUCUAAUAAUACACUGGCAUUCGUUAUGCGAUCAACAGAAUUAAUUUUUAAUAUUCUGCGGCAUAUCCGCAUUUCAAACACUUGAACUCGAUCGAUCGAAGCUUCGGUUGGAGUCCAAGUCUCCUCAACACAAAGAGCUCGGUAAAGACAUAACGACGAACCAUUCUGAUUUGAAAAUCAGUGCUUGUAACUAAUGGCUACAGAAUAUAUUUUUCGUUUUCACAAAGGCUGCGCUUGCUUACGAUUAUUAUUACGGAUAUAAUAUUAUUACACAAUAAUUCGAGUACAACCGAAUAACACCGCGGACCCAGCUCGAUUUUAAUUUAAACGACAAAUAUCCAGGGUCCCAACUCGAAUAUUCCCAAUAUUAUUUCAUCGGCCGGUGACGUGGGUUGAAUGUAUGGGUAGUAAUUCACAGGGGUAGGUACACGAGUGUUAUCAUAAAUAUAAUUUUUUUUUUUUUUGUUUUUUAUUUCGAUGUCACUUCAAAAGCAAAAUAUCCUAAAAAUGUUUGGUUUAGCUCUGUAUAGGCAAACAUAAUAUAGGCACAAACAAAAUAAUUUACAGGGGUACAGUCCCAAAUGAAUAAAACGUCAAUAAGUAUUUUAUAAAAUAAAACGAUUAAAAAAACAAAUAUCUAUCAAAGACUUCGGGGAAAACGACAAAAUGAACAACAUGCCAAUAUAUUUUUUUUAAACAAAACAUAUUGUAGUAGGCCUUUUUUAAUACAAAAUACCUAAUCAACCGAGAAAAGUUUUUUUUUAUAUUGAAUACAGUGUGUGUAAUGGUAUUAUAAUAUUCCAUGGAAAUUUAACUAUUUUAGCAGAAGCCAUUCGAUUCAUUGAGAUGUGUUUUUUCCGCCACACUUUUUCGAUUAGUAUAUACAAAUGGUCUGGGUUUAUUUUUUAUGCGGAAUCUUCUAAAAGAUGCGAACAUUACUAUACUGCAGAGAAUGUUUCUAAAACAUGAAUUGAAAAACCGAUAGCAUUAUAAUAUGACGACACGUAUAAGUUUUAUUUUUGACGAUAUCUUGGUUACCUUGGCUACGACUAGGGAAAAAAAGAAAAAGACCAUACUAAUAAAUAAAAUAUAUAUCAUUGCCAAACUCCGUUCAGAAUUCGUUCUUUAAUGACAAUGAUUUAUAGUUGCGAAGCGUAAGUUAAUUGAAUUACUCACUACAUGCUUCCUCGACUUUCUAACUGCAACCGCAGUUGUACCGCUCGAAAACGUAAUCAAAUCUCAAACAUAUUUUAUAACAUACAGUUUUUUUUUUUUUAUCGGUAAAAAAAAAACCAAAAAACGUGUUUACUUAUGUUGGACUAGUUAUUACGGUGAAAUACCCACUUAAUGAUUUCGCAAACAUCAUGUCAGCGUUUUAUAAAACAACUGUAUGUUAUGUAUUCAGUUUAACAAAACGUGUUCUAUGCCUUGCUACCGUUAAUAUAUUAAUUCAAUUUUACAACAAACAUAACAUGUUGAAAAGUUCGCACCUAAUAGUAUUUUUUGAAAUCCCGACAUGGCGUGAUAAUUAUUCGCUCUUUCCGUAUUUGAAUUCUCCAUAAAUAUUGUAAAUACGAUUACUCGCGUGAAUCGCGUCACUCGUAUAAUCGUAUUUAUUUUAUACGCGGUAAAUACAUUUCGAAAAUCGUUUUUGUUUGUUUUUUUUUUUUUGUUUUAUACAAAUAUAUUAUCUUAGGAACGUUCGCAUUAUACCGCAGGAGUCCGGUAUAACGUCCGUUAAAACCGAAACGCUAAAUUAAAUCGAUACAAAUUUCAAAAAUAUUAAUAUAAAAUAUUAAUUGACAUUUGACAUAUUUGAAAUUCACUAUCUUCAGUAGAGACUAAAAAGUAUCAUCCGAAUACAUUAUUAUCACAAUAGAAAAUAAAUAACGGUUAUACACUGCAAGACACGAAUAAUUAUGGUGUUAUAAUAUUUUAGGAAAGAUCGUUUGGCAUGUGCGAUUCAUAGACAUAUUAUUAACAUAUUAUCUAUGAUACGAAUAUGCCAUACGACAAUUUACAAUUAACACUGGAAUAUUGUGACUGGCCCCUUAUAAUUUUUCUGAAAACCGUGACCCUCCAGUUAAAGCGCAUAAUUUUCCUCGUUUUUCAUAACUCGAAUUUUUCGCUACAUUUUCUUCAUACACUUAUUUUUAUUUAGUUUUCCGUCAAACCGAGAAUUUCAACAAAAAAAUAACUUUUUACGAGCGUUUAUAUUCACUUUUCUUUGUGCGAAUUAAUGGUAUACGUUUAUGUACCGAAUAAAACGAUUGCGAAGUAUAUUUUAUUUUUUUUAUCAUUUAUAUAAUACAUACGCCAAAAAGUUUUUCCGGAAUAAAAAUAAUAAUAACACGCGUCAUAGUAAAACUAACAAUUUCUUUUGCCAUUGCGAAAGGGAUAAAAAAGUUAGAUAGUUACCUAAUAUAUUAUGCACGUUGGAAAUACUCUCUGUUAUGAUCUCGGUUUUAAAGGGCUGGGCAGGGGAUAAACGAGGGUGCAACUACGCGAUCCGUAAAUCUGAACUGUAUUCAUAAUUCGGAUAAUAUCGAGUGUAACGAUAAAUGAUCGCAUUUUUGUUCGAAAUCGUUUCGGAACUCGUAUUCAAUUUACAGAAUUCAAAAAAGUACAAAGUUAUUUGCAUUUAAUACAAUUUUUAUAGAAUAUUAUCAUAUCAUCACUGUUCUUAUAUUCGAAUGAUAAAACAAAAAUUGUAUCCACUUGGCAGUAAAGAAACAUAAGUGUACAAACAGCUGUUGCGGACCCUUGUACCUACUAUUUACUUCCAAUUUGUCAUGACAUUUUCAUUUGAAGACUAUUUUAGUGAGAUCUAGUAUUUGAUACUAGAUCGCGGCGCACGACGAACAAUUUUCUUAUAUUUCUCUGCCACAAAAUAAAAUGGAAUAUUUUCAGUUCGGCCGUGCUCUUAACUGGGAUUUUUCGAAAAUAUCACUCAUACCCCUUAUUGCGUUCGAGGCGCCUUAUUACAAAAUAAUAUGUUGUGUACAAUUCAGACACUUUACUUCUAUAAACACGUUUUCGCGUUAAACGGCGUUUCCCCCCCCCCCGUCCAAACAUCGCGUCGCUUUAACAAGAUAAUAUUAUUGCACACCGUGUAUAUAUUGCGGGCGCGCAACGAUGACUCGGACGGAAAAAAAAAAAAUAAUAAUAAUAAUAAUAAUAAUAAAAAUAUGCAGGCAUAGACGUUUCGUUGCGAGAACCGUCCCUCGGGUACGAAUGUACCCGCGUUAUAUGAAAAAAAAGAAGAAAAAAAAAACCCCCGUGUAGGUACCUAAAUACGUACGUACGCGGGACGAAAGUGGAUCGUAAACGGUAGACGUGCGCGACGGCUUUUAUGUAACAAUAUUAUAUUGCGUUCACCGGCGGUGGAUAUUAUACGAAUUUAUGCAAAAUUCUCGACAACAUUCUUCCGGUCCGUCCGCCGCGGAGGUGAAUCAAAAACCCAUCCAUCAAAUGUAAAACGUUCGUAUUUAUGUCCGCCGUGCAUUAAAACCCGCGCGCGCGCGAGAAUACUAAUAACAUUAUACGAAUGCUAUAAUAAUAAUAAUAAUAAUACCACUGCGGAGCGGAUGCUGCGGCUGUACGAAUAACGUCGGUGCGCCGAACGUUUUCAAUAUCCGUCGCGGUUUCGUUUCUAUACGUACACGAAAUCCUUUAUUAUUAUUAUUAUUAUUAUUAUUAUUAUUACACUCCGCGAAACUACGAAAUAUCCCGGCAAUUGAACAACAUCAGUGUAUAGGAUAAUCUCAUCAAAUAUACAGGACGGACCGGCCGUUUAUCCGCGGACCGUCGCCGUUUUCCCGGAAGAUUUCUGUUUUUUCUUUUUUUUUUUUUCUCCUCUCAAUCGUUCAAACUCUAUUUCAACACCGUUCGUCAAACGUUUACACGCUUAUAUGCGACUUGAAUGCGUACCUGUGUGCGCUUUUGUUUUUCACAAUUCCGAAAGGAGAAUAUUGUAUUUCGUCUGUAAACGUCGAUGCGCGUGUAACGCCGGAUACGAUAUCGCAUUUGCCGUUUGUGAUAGUUACGGCAGUUUGUCGAUGUACGUGGAAUUUGUUUGAAAAUAACCGACGGUAUUCGUCGCUAACCGAAUUGAAUCGAAUUAACCGCUGUAACUAUUAUCCCUUAAAAAGAUUACGGGGACGAGAGCAGCUACUGCAGUUUUAAAUGAGAAAUUUGAUAGGUAGUAGAGGGUAAGUCCAAUGUAUAUCUGUAAGCAACGAUAAAACAUCGCUAACGAAAAAACAAUUUUGAGCGAAUAGUGUUGCCUUGUCAACAAUAUAUAUAUAUAUAUGUCAUUUUUCCCGUUUUUCCUACGUUUUUUCACGUUUUUCCCAUUUAUUUGAAAAUAUCCUAGGAAAAUCAAAAAAUGACCUCCUUAAAGUACCUCCCCGGUCCGAUUUCCGUUCAGAAAAAGUGCCGACAUUGUAAAUCGUAGCAAAAUUGCUGAUAGAAAAGUAGUUCACAGAAAAAAAAACAAUAAAAAAAAUUAUACAUCAUUGUAAAACCAGUAAAUUCCUCGCUCCACUCGGAAUCUAAAAUAUUUCGCAUACGGUUAAAAGAUGAAAAUCGUUUCGCCCACCAAUCACACACGCGGUUACGUAUCGGUCACUAUUUUCUUAUAACCAUUACUCCGAUAGCAGGUGACAAUUUAAAACCGUUCUCUAAUUAUUAUUAUUUCCCCAUUAUCAAAUCUAUUAGACAAGAAUUACGAUUCGACAGUAGGUUAUUAUUUCGCUAGGCACGUUAUGUUAGGCGGGUGUAUGAGGAAGUAGUUAUUAAUUUAUGGCCGGUUACUGUAGUAACGAUUUGGUGGGUUUAGAUUUUUGACUGUGAAAAAAUGUUCGAAUGGCUUCGUUCAGAGUGACUUUAUAAAAUACCUCACAGGUUCCAACCGAAAAUAAUAUAACCAUAAUACUGUACCAUCGGGUCGUUUUUUUUUAAUUUCUGAACCCGGUGAAAUACAAAAAAAAAAAUAAUAAUAAAUAGCGAAACGAAUCGUUUAAAUUAAAAUAUUUCGAUCUUCUCUCGGAAUCGUUUUUCGAACGAAGAAAAUUAUUCAUUCUAGAACUAAUGGUACUCUUGCGCCAUCCGGAAUACACAAUUUAUGUAAAUAUAUAAUAAUAUAUUACAGCGUUUCUUAAACUGUAGGUCGCGACCCACUGGUGAGUCCAUAGUUAAUUUUUGCGAAAAUUGUUUUGAAUUAUAUAAACUCCGAAAAAUUUAAGUUUUUAAAUUCUGAGCGGAGCAAAAGAAUGUAUUUACAAUAAUGUUUUUUUUUAUUAUUAUUAUUUAUUUUAUCUGUGAACAACUUUUCUACCAGCAAUUUUAUUCCGAUUUCCAAGUGUAACACUUCUUCCGAAAGGAAAUCUGACUGAGGAGGUCCUUUAAAGAGGUAAUUUUUUUGAUUUUCCCGGCUGUUUUCAUAAACUACUUUUUUUAAAAAUGAAACCAUGUAGGUCGCGAAAGAUUUUCAGGGAAAUUUGAAUCGUGGUUCUAAAAAAUUUGAGAACCACUGGUAUAUUAUAUUGUGUAGUAUCGGUGAUUUAAUUAAUAAAAAUACUCUUACAUUAUUACGUUGAAAAUUCGGAUAUUCUUAGUAAAGUUAGAUUUUCGAUAAACUAUAAAAUGCAAAUAUUUUAAUUAAUCAUUUUUGAAAUGUAAACAAAUCAUGUAGAAAAUUACGUUAUUAAAAUAUCUAAGACAAAAUUCCUAUAAUUAUGUAGCGGGCUGUAAUCAAGCGGCGCCCGCAGAAUAAAAUUUCACCCAGGGCAAAACGGGGAAAACGCUUUAUUCUAGAAAUAUUGUGUACUGUUAUGAUGAUAAAAUGGUAUGCCAUUAUGCAUUAUAAAAGUGUAUACAGUUGAAAAUCGCCGUGGGGGGGAGGCAAUAACCCCUUUUGUCCCGCCCCCUACGGACGCUCUUGGCUGUAAACGAAUUCACUAAUUGAUUAUUAUUGUUAUUAUUAUUAUGGCUAAUUGACUGUACACUUAUUUUUUUCGGAAACUUGAAAAAUUCUUAAAAAUAGCGAAUUUAAUACAAAUAAAAAGUUGAUACGUUAAAAUUUCCAGCAGAACAAACUUUAUAAAAUGGCUAUCUUCAAAUUUUUCGAAAAUAAUAAAAUACAAGUUAUUUGUUUUAGGUUUUUUUUUUUUAGCAAAACAUAAAUAUUGUAUUUGUUGUUAUUAUUCCUAUGAGCAACAGAAAUUAAUUAUCUUUAUGAUCUCCGGAGACAAUGGUUGUAUCUUCAUGGGACACUCCGUAUGUAUAUAUAUUAUAGCCAGAAUAAUAAAACACAAAAUCUAAAAUCAUAAAAUACAGUAUUAUUUUAAGUACAUUUUUUUUCUGAUUUUAAAUCCUAAUCCUAAUCCUAAAUUUUUCCAGAACUCAUACAAUUUCAAUAAUAGUUAUAAUAAUAAUAAUAAUACUAAAACAGUGGACGGGGGGGAAGGCUGUAUUCCAAAUAUUAUUCAGUGCCAGUGUACAAAUGGAACUAUGUUUAAUACUCGUAUUAUACUUGUUGAUUCGAUGAUUUUUUUUUUUUUUUGAAAAUAAAAAAUAUAUGUAUAUCGUUUGUAAAAUAUUUUACCCGCAGCUUUUAAAAUUGAAUCGUGACUUAUGUAUGUGUGUUUUUCUUUUUUUUUUUCUUUAGGAAUAUACGUGUUGGCGUGGAAAAAAGGUAUAGCCGUCCUGACGGCCGGCAAUACUAAGGUGUCUCCGGACGAAAGGAUCCGUCUGGUGGACGGAAACAACUUGGAAAUCCGCGAUAUUCAAACAAACGACGCGGGCAACUACGUGUGUCAAAUAGCUACCAUGAAGCCCAGGGAGAUAUCGCAUACCGUCGAGAUAUUAGGUAAGCCACGCAUUGUGCAGUAUUCCGCCGUGUGUGUCCGCGUGGGAAACGUGCAUUUAUACCCGUGUAUAGUCGUUGUUGUCGCGUCGGGAUUACCGUGUUUGUAAAAAAAAAAAAAAAACCGUUUAUCCGAAACAACGUGAGUAUACCCACCACGUACGGUGCCGCCCGCAGUGUAGUCGGGAGCGGUCCUAUUACGCCUAGAAUCAAUACUUAAAUAUCGAAAUGUUAUUUCGUUGCCGUGAUGGUACGCGUCUAAACGCGCGCGUUACGCAAAUUGAAUAUCGAUGUACUAUUAUCAUAAACGAAUCAAAAUGUCUGCGUUAUGCACUCGCGGUAUAUACGCGCGAACACAAUAACGAUAUUCCGAAACGAUUUUUCCAUUUACCCGUUUAUACACAACGCGGCGUUAGGUGUGUACGUGUAUUGUUAUAAAUUGAAUUGCUAUCAGACUGCGGAUCCACCGAGGGGAGAGUGAUCUGUCGCAAUAAUCGGCGAACACACGGAUAAUAAUUAUUUGACAUCGCGAGUUCCCCGCCGGAAAAAAAAAAUAAUAAACCGCGUUUAAUAUGUAUGCGAAGCAUUUGCGAAGUGUAUGGAAGUGACGUAUUCCCUCGGUGCCAAUGCACACUACCUAUUUACGUUAUAUACUUUACCCGUUCCCCGCGGUAAUGGGUCAGGGGAAAGAUACGGCCAGCGGUAAGGGGGUGGAGAGUGGAAACCAUCGAAAAUUCACACAACCAUCCAGACGGUUUUAGUGUUCUUACAUAAUUAAUGAGCGCCAAAGAAACCCUUUAAAAAUAUUCGCUAUUAAAGCGAACCCCUCUUUAACUUACCCUUUAGGCUUUGGUCGUGACUAUAAUACUAAACUACCCUAACUAUAACCUAUAACUACCGUUCGAGUUUCCGCCCCACAAAAUUUCGAAACUGCCAAAGAUACACGACAUUACUUUUGCACGCAUCGAAAUUUAUAAUUAUUAAUUCGUUUACAGUGCCUUUUCGAGUUUAUUUAUUUAUAUUAUAUAUUAUGAAACGCGGCCAUAUGUUCUGCGAAAUGCGGCAUACACAACUUUUUCUCGUACUCACGAUUAAUUUGUUUUAUAUUUGAAUUACAAUUUAUUUCAAUGUAAUCACUGCCUACCAGCUUGCUUUUUUCUCUUGCAUAAGAGCUUAUAAAGUUUUAAUUAAAUGUAUCGAAAAGUGUUUGUCCCGACGUCAUUUUAUUAAGUAUAAUAGGAGUCCGAGGACGAGGCCCUGAAACCGUUUCGUAUAGAAAUUAUUUAUAGAUAUUUAUGUACAUAUUAUAUAGAGGGUAACUUUCGUAAUAUUGCAUAGAGCGGAUGCAGUUUUAAUACUUUUUGUAUUAUUUUCUGACGUGCAGUAUCUAUACACAAUAUUAGAAGAUUUAUUUCAAAAAAAACAUGUAAAUUCUUAAAAGAAAAAAAAACCCUAUUGUCUAGCCGUUUCGUUAUAGAUAUUCUCAAUAUACGACAACAAACAAAUUUUAAAUUUUAAAAAUAUUAUACUUGUAGCACGGCUCCGGGAGGUAGGUAGUUAUAUGUAUCGACAAAUAUAUUGAUUUUACGACUUGGCCUUUUUUAUUACAAAAUGUUAAUCAAUAACGAUUAUAGUUUGGUAAAAACAAAAAACCAAAAUCGUCAAAUCCGUCAUUAUUAUUUUUUUAUUAAUUUUAUUUAACGGUCGAAUGAAAAUACGAACUGCAAUACUUUUACGGCAUUUUUAUACACCUUUUACAGCAUUUCUACAGUUUAGCUAAUGCAUUAUUUACUGUAUUAUAUUCGUUUUAUGUUUUGUUUUAUUAUGUUAUAUUAUGAUAAAUGACAUUGGACGGGAUUAUUAUGGACACAGCCCGUAUAAUAUUAUUAUAAAUGAUGUAUCAAAAUAUCAUUAAGCGCGUAAUAAGUUUCACUUCAAUCUCGUUCGUGGUCAUUGGAUUUCAAUGACUUGUCCGCGACGGGUCUUCCGAUAGACCCCCACUAUCACUUCGAAUUUUAUUUCCUUGCAUUUUUUCCCCUCUUUGUGUUUUACGCACGUAAAUAAUUAUCUUGUUAUUUCGCGUUCGCUAUUUGUCGAAUUUGUUCCGAAAAUAGAAACUUUUUUUACUGUGUAGUGUCUGAUUUAUUAUAGGUGUGUAAUAUAAUAUAUAUUUAUACGAGGUGUAGUAGUACCAGUACUGUUUGAAUUGUGCAUUAACGGAACGUGAAAUAGCAGUAAGAUUUAUAGCCCUGGCUUCUGUAAGUUAUCCUGGGUACAUCUGUUAUUGUAGAUAUUCUAUAACCUACUAUCAGUUUUGAUAUGUAACCGAUAUUUUUGUAAAAAACAUGUUUUCGCGUGUUGACAAUUUAAUUGACGAGAUUUUUGGGGAGGUUGGAGAAAAGUUUUUCUCCCAUUUCGAUGAUUACGUAAUACGUAAUGAAACGGUUAAUGAUUAUUAAUAUAACGUUUUAACAUUUUUUUAUCGUCAUUUAUUAUACGAAAAAGUUCCUGGCAAACCUGAAGUUAGAUUUGUGUUUGGUCCUCGAUAUUUCCUCAACAUUCUCAUGACAAACUUCGCUACCAUUUGGUGCGUCUAAUGAUUGUCAGUUAUAAUUUGUUGACACGAGUGAUGUCAAAUAUUGUAUCUCUCUACCAACCAAGAUUCUGUUAUUACAAAAAAUCCUCCCCCGCCCCCCAAAAAAAAAAAAAUAAAAUAAUAAUCUCUUUACGAAAUUGCACGCUAAAAACAUAUUUUACAAUAACAUCGAUUGCAUCAAUACUAAGAAGGUUAGGUUAUAGAGAAUUUACAAAACAGGUAUGCUCAGUUGAAGGCACAGUAACCAGUGAUAUCAAACCUAUACUAUUCUUUGACCAUCCGCUGGUACGGCAUUCAAACCGAUCGGGUACUUUUAGAUCAUAGCUCGUAUAUAUAUUUACCGUUACUUUUGGACAUUUAUAAUAGUAGUUCUCGUUUUAGAUUAAAUAAAUAAGUUCAAAUUUGGAAUUAGAACUCAUUCAUAGGUGGAUUAAAGUGAUCAAAAUGGGUUUUUCAAUUAUAAUUUAAACGUGUUUGUGUUGAUUUGAUUGGGUGAUAUUUUUUACCUUACUAAAAACACAACAAAUUAAGCUUGAAAGGUACAACUGUGUACAUGAAUUUAUAUUUAUAUUUAUGGGAUCAAUGAUUUAACUUAUUGGGAGUUGUAACCGGAGGGAGGAGGGUUAGAAGGGAUGGGAAGGAAGGCCAUUUCCAUCCCUUCAAAUUUGAUCGCUUACAUUUCAAGCGUUUUUAAUAAAGAUUUUCGGAAAUGAAAUAAAAAACCAAUUUAUUGCAAUAACGACAAGUCAAGUUUGAUGGGGGAGGUAAUUGGACUUUAGUGAUUUUGAACUUUGUUGUUCACUAGUGUUUUUUUUUUUAAUGAUCAUAAUAAUAUUUUUUAAAUAUUAGGUUUUUUAAUAUCGUAUUCACCAAAUAUUUAUAUAUUAUAUAUAUAUAUAUUUCAACCAUUUAAUAAGCAUAAAUAAAUAAUAUUUUAAAACGAAUUGAAAAUGUAAUAUUUAAAAAUAAGAACAUAUUAUGCAUACACAAUAAAAACGUAAUUUGUUUCUGCAAAACUCUACUUAAAAUAUUUUGCGUUACUUUUGAUUUUUUUUAAUAAUUACUUUUAAAGAAAAAUUCCUGCACCAUCUCAUUCGGACCUUUUUUUUUUUUUAAUUUAAUUUUUGAUUUGUUAUUUUCGGUGCAAAUAUUUACAUUUUAAUAACUUAAAUUUAUUUUUCAUAAAUACUAUAGUAGAUAACAUUGCAGAUAUUUACUAAAACAUAGGAAAAUAUCUUUUGUGAAGAAGAACCACUCGGUACCCGAAAUUUAUGUUUUUGAAGAAUAGUUUUUAAAGGCUCAUGAUUAAGAUUUACGAAGCCUAAGGCGAAAUGUUAAAUAUUUCCAUAUUUUAUCAUAUGAGUCUUCAAAUCUAAGUAAAAAGCGCAACCUCUUAAGAACGGCCCUGAGUUUUUGUCAUCUUAAUUAUUUUGAGUCAAUAUACGUUAUAAAUACAAGUACUUAUAUUUUACCUAAACAUUUUAACUUCAAAAACACGUCCGUGUCGUAUAAUAGUAGGUAAUAGAAAAAAAAAUAACUAUUUUCGAACGGUACUAAAGUAACCUUUUUUUAAAAAAAAAAAAAAAUACCAGACGUUUCGAUUAAAGAACAAUUUAUAAAGACUUAUUUUUAAUUGAACAACUAAAGUAGUAAUAAUUACCCAGAUACCAUUUCCUUUUCAUUAUAUGUAAAAAAAAACGUCGUAAAUAGUAACUACCUAACCCAAAAACGUGUUUAUUGGUGUUAUUUUUUUUGUUUUAACGUCGAAACUACAGUGCUCCCUAAUAAUAUAUACAGCAGCACGUUUUUACAUUUGGAACUUCAAAAAAGCCGGAAACACUUUGCACCAGUGCUGGAGGAGAACGGACACCAUAACGGUAUUUUCAAAUACUUUUAUCACGACGAAAUUUGUCCGUUUCGCGCCACAAGGCCGCUGUAAUCGUGUAGCCGUAAGAUUUUCCCUAACCGGAAAAGUGUUUUAUCGACAAACGAAAAAAUACGCAUCACUAUACGCACAUCGUGUAUUGUGGCAAAACUAUAAAUGAUGACUUGUUCGGUACACUCGGAAUCUCGCAAAAAAAAACGAAAUUUCUCUAUAACACCGAAAUUCCCCCGUACAUUUUCAACGCGUAAAAACGUUACGAACCUCUGGAAAAUAAUAAAGUAUCCAAAAAAAAAAAAAAUAAUAAUAAUAAUAAUUUAUGUACGCUUUGAAUCCAUCAAAAUAAAUGUUAUUAUAUUAUUAUUUAUGUCGAUGAUAAUAACCAUAUACAUUUGCUUAUCAUUAAGCUAAUGUUUACAUAAUUACAUAUAGUAUAUGUUCAAAAGUAAACGUUCAGUUGAACGAUCUUUUACGGCGUUGAAACGAAUCAAAUCGUGUCAAAGAUCAACUCAAGGACAAGAAAAAUUUAGUUCUUUACCAUUGAUUUCAGUCGAAAAAGAACUUUUACACAAAGUAAAACAAUAUCAAGAAUUUGAUGAUAAAGCAAUAAACGAAUUUGUAAAACAAUAAAGACGAAUGAAUUUUAUCUAUAAAUAAAUUUUAAAUUGUAAUUUUUAUCAAUAAAAUACCAUUUUUAAGAUUUAGUUUUAAGUUUUAUUUUAGCGCUUACCCAAUAAAAAAUAUCGCCGCACGCCACUGACAUAUAGUACUAUUUUUUCCCCAUUCCUUUUCGAGAAAUACCGACCAAUAUCCAUAUGUCAUAAAUAGAUUUUGGAAUCUAAUUAUCCAUUUUGUUCCCCGUUUGGAAAUCACCCUACGGCGCACGUAAAACUAUUAUUUUGUCCGAAUUUCGAUGAAAAAUAAUGGAAAAAAAAAAAUCAACGCCGAGACUGAAAACAAUAAGGACGUAUACACGACAAUAAUAUAAUAUUGGCGCGUUAUCUCUAUCACGACCGUUACUUGCAGUCGUGUCCGACAAUUGGAAAAACAAAAUAAGCAUACGCUCCCUGAUGGACAAAAUCUCAACUACUUGUAGUAGGUUGAUCGUAUUGUUUUAUGUAACAUUUAAUGCAUUUGUAUACCUAAAUGCUUACUUGUAUAAUAUAAAGUUUAGUUAUGUUACAUUUGAUGUUAGAAUUGAUGGAAAACAAUUAGUGUAUAUUUUAGUGUGUAGGUAGCGAGGGUAAAGCGGUUUCUCUAAAUUGUCAAAAAGCCAAUGUAAAUUGUUCAGUUUUUGGCUGUAAUUCAGUAUACUCAAUUGUGUACACCACUGACUUCAUCACGCCACGCCACCACUGCACUUACCUUAUGCACAUACGAUGUAUCUAUUUAAUUAACUUUUUUUAAAAUGAACUUAAUCAACAAUAAGUAAAAAAAGCUCGUUUAAAAAUGACUGCAGUUCAAAAACUUAGAUUACCAGUAUUAAGUUUUCAUAAAUCUCCAAAAAAAAAACCGAGUCCUAAGAAAAGUAACGUCAACAUUAUUUUUAGAUAAGAAACACAAGUUGAUUUAUUAAUAACACAAUGAAAAAAUAUAUAAACAUUUUUCUUUGCCAUUUCUUAAUUAAACUGUUUUAGUAUUUUCCCACACAAUACUCGUAUUUGUUUGCGUUUCAAAACUUGCUCUCUUUCGACAACAUUUCAUGAGCACAUUUAGCAAACGUAAAUAUUUCUCUAAUAGUGAAUGACAUAUUGUUAUUUACUUAGUAACUUAUUACAGAAAAACAAACAAAGCAUGAACUUCAACUCGUAAUUUUAACGUUUUUACGUGUGGUAUCACCAGCAGCAGUAAUGUUUAUCCUGCCCCGGAUCGGUGGGAUAACCGCCACCCAUAGUCGUUACUAGCGCUCACCUUAAUAAUUUAUUAUCCCAAUACUGUCCGCAAUAUAUUUAAUAAUAAUAUCGUAUCACAGCGGUGCUUAAAUAAUCCGAAACGACGGGCACGGGACGUGGUUACACCGCUUGACUUAUUUACGGACGUCUAUACAGUGUGUGUAUAACGUUACGAGGACCGGCGGCCCUAAGUGUAUUAUAUUAUUAACGAAUGACCGCCCUGACACCCUGACCGUGACAAACCCCGUUAAACAACAAUAAUAUAGUAAUAUAAGACGCGUGCUGUCGUCAUAGAUAAAAAAAACAACGCGGUAUACUGGGCAUAUGCCGGCGGGCACCGCCAUCCGGUGAAACCCUGUUGGAGACGGUCCUUAAUUCAGUGGCGUAUUUAGGAUUUUUCCGAGGGGGCGGGGGGGAAUAUUGAAUUUUGAAAUAUUGUAUAUGCGUAAUAGUAUGUAACCUAUAGACUUGAACCAACAAAUAGGAUCCGAUUUCAAAUCUAUACAUUUUCCGUAAGCAAUUUACAAUUCGAUUAAUCAUCAAUGAAACGUUACAGUGAUUAUUAUCGUCAAUUAUAUAGUUUAUUUAUACUACCUGUUCGAAGAAUAACAAUAAGAUGUAUUUCGUUUAUAUCAAAGUGGUUCGGGUAGGUUUCAUUUUUUAUAACAAGGAAACGUACCUGCUGUUGUUAAAGUUUCUUUUUUAAUUAUUUAUUUGCACGGUACCAACGUGUUUUUGAUUGUUUUGUCUAAAAAGUAAGAAACUCGAAUUUAAAAAAUAGGUUCACGUAUAAAUAAUGGCUACGUAGUAAAACAAAUGUCAAGGGUGGAGAUUUAUCUCCCUAUAAUCUCCCCCCGCGAAUUCGCAACUGGUCCAUGUUGCUGAACAACCCGAACUCUCUUUGACUCCGUUCUUUUAACAAUCAUAUUUAUUAUAUGCCGUUUUGCGUUCGUUACACUGUAAUAACCCUACUUUCGCUGCAACUUACUAAAAUGUAAGGAACAAUUUUUUUCACGAGAAUAUAAUAUCAUGGCCGAUCGUGUUCAACGGGAAAAGGGCUUGGUAUUUUCGGUUAUUUGUCGGUGGUGUUUAAUUAAUAUUAUACGGUCUGUGUUCUCUCGGGGAUUAUUUUUUCGCCGACAACGGAAAACACGAGUAAGGCGUUAGCUUCGAAACGCAGCGGGUGUCUAAAAUGUAAAUUUUUCAACAAAAAAACAAUAAUAAACAAACCGUGUAAAAUCACCGGUAGAAUAAGAUAUCGGGGGAAAAACGGAGUACAACAAAUCAAUGACGGUCAAUAUUAUACAAUCGUUCCGUUUCGACGCCGUCGUAAGACGCGCAACGAAACAUGCCGUUCGUCUGGAUCUCCCGGAUCACUCGCCGCCGUGCAUACACGGGAGUAUUGUGACGUUUUAUUAAUACGCUGCUCACCGGUUAUUUAUAUGAAAACCAACGCGUGUAUCGCGCGCACGUCAUUUUUAUUGUUUACGGUUUUCAUUAACGGCGCUAUAUUAUUUAAACGGUUUUACUGAAAUUUACACAGACAUUUUAGUUUGUUUUUUUGUUUUUUUUUUUUUUUUCUUUGUCGCGCUCUUCACUAUGACCCGUAUGUGCGCGGCAGGCAGCGCCUAUAUUUAAUAUUUAAAUACGCGCGCAUGAUACGAAACGAAAAUAACUGUACACGUAUAUCGCGUAUGUAAUACAAUAACAGUAUACCACGCGUAUAUAACGUUCGUCAGACCGAUCGUUAUAUUUUUAAUGCGUACGCGACGCCGCCGUUACGCGAUAUUUUUAUUUUUUUUUCGUAUUUUUGUUUUUUGUUCUUUUACGACGGGAAUAAUAUCACGAAGUCUGAGGUGUUCUACGCGUGCACGAGAAGACGUGCAUUAUGUCGUAAUAAUUUUAUGUGCGUACACAGCGCCGCCGCCGCGUCCGAAUCAAACUGCUCGUAUAAUAUUUAUAAUAAAAUAUUACGCGGCGCGAUCGUCCGUUCUCGCGGCGAACGUUUAAACGGGGUGGGGGGGAGGGGAGGGCGGAAACGGUCUGGGCGUAUUUUCAAGCGCGCACGGCCCGCGAGACGGACGACGUUAUGUAACACUGGCGUUUGCACAAUUGUCAUUUGUUGAGCCCGCGGAAUCUCGCAGGAAAAAUCGUAAAAAAAAAAAAAUAGCGGCCCCCUCCCCUACGCCUGCUCGCGCGCAGACGUUCGACAAUUGCACGGCUCGGCGAUUCGGCCCAGCAUUUCCACGGCCCGCGUGGCGUACCGUUUCCGGAAAACGUCCGGGGUCGCCGAAACUUCACGCGGCCCCGACUGCGGGGUCCCGUUCGCGCGCGCCGCCGUCCGCUCUACUCCGCGCUCGAUUUCGCUCGGCCGGCCCGGGAAAUCUGCCGGCCGUCCGGUACGGCGGCGCCCGGCCGCGCUCCGUGCACGGGCGCGGCGUUCGGGUGAAAGUUACGCGCGGGCCGCCGCCCUCGUUCGCGAAACAACGCGCCAAUUCAACGCCGUUAAUCGUGCCGCCGCGUACCGGGCCCGCGGAAAAUUACGGCCCGGGCGCCCGUCGCGGAUCCCGCGCCGCCGCCCGUUCACCCGUCCAUCGAUAGAAGGCCCGGCCGCCGGGUGCCGGCCUCGGCGCCGCUGAUCCGCGGUGUACGCGUAACGGCCGCGCGCUGCGGCGCCCCCGUCCGUACGACACGGUGCACGGUAAACACUCGUCCGGAACAGAUCCGGCGCGGAGUCCGUCCGUGGCCGUUUAUCGCCGCGCGUGCAACGCCCGACCACGGCGGAGCUCGCGUCUGGCCAGUAAACGCGUUCGGGGUCCGCCGCCACGCGAACGGCACCCGUUCCGACAUCGUCAUUAUCGAUUGCGCGCGCGGAACAUGCGAUUAUCGUCGUCUCCGCUAUCGGCGUUAUUAUCGUUUUUUUUUGCGUUUACGUUUGCGUUUGCGUUUGUCCUACGACGACGGGGGUUCGGUUCGCCUCGCGCCGAGUUUUAUUGUCGCCGCGAUAUCGUAUAAUAAACUUCGGGACUGUAUACGAUCGCGUAGCAUUAUCGUGGUCCGAGCCAAAAAAGUUUUAUCGAGAGAACAAGACGCGCGCACGUGGCGAUAUCCGCAUAACAUUAUACGUGUAGCCGUGCUCGUACAAUAUAAUAAUACACCUCGCACGCAUGGAGGUCGGGCACCCGUUAAGUUUCUCCCGUCGGCGGCGCGCACAAGAAAGGAUAAUGUUAUUAUAUUGUUAUCGUGCGCCGUUUCUCCCCCGCGAUUUAUCAUAAUAUACGCGCGCGCGAGUGUGUACACACAUAUAUAUAUACGGUUAGGUAGGACACCUAUAUUAUGUAUGCGCCGAACAAUUUUAUUUAUUUAAAAUAUAUACGGCGAUAACAUAAAAAAAAAAAAAAAAAAACAGGUCGCGAUACUCGACGAAAAUAACAUUGUACAUUUCAAAAAGCUGUCCCGGGAUAAUGGGCACGGGUACAUCCGCUGUUAUAAGUAAUUUAAUGUACAUCUGUAAGCAACAUAUGUAACUGUUGCUAACGAAAAAAAAAAAAAACGAUUCUGAGCGGAGUUCGGUUGAUAGUGUUGCUUCGUCAAAUUAUGGUAAAAUAAUAAUUACAUAUAUGCAUUAUACAUUUUUUUUAUUUUUUUUUUUUUUUAUUAAUAUUUGUUUAAUAUCGUACUUAUUUUCAUAUUUUUUCUCUAUGUUGUUCUCGGUUUUUCCCGUUUAUUGGAAAAACUCCUGAGAAAAUCAAAAAAAUGACUGACUUCCUUAAAGUACUUCUACAGUCCAAUUUCCUUUCAGAAAAAGUGCUAUAAUUGGAAAUCGGAGCAAAAUUGCAAAAAAAAUAAAAUAAAAUAAACGUCAUUGUAAAACCAAUGUAUUCCUCGCUCCGCUCAGAAUCUAAAAAUCACACAAUAUUAUAUACCUGUAUUCUAGUAACCCUGAAGCAUAUUUUAGCACAUUUAUUCUUGCGUUUAUUCUGCAUCUUUAUUCUAGCACCCGCAAUACAUAUUAUUAUAAUUGCUCUUGAGUGGCAAAAUGUGAAAAAUAACUUUUCGCGUGUGCAUACAAACAUAGAAGGCGUAUUUUUUUUUUUGACAAUAAAUUUCAUUAUACGCGUGAUACGGCUAAACACGUAUACUUACGUAUUUUUUAAAAUACAUACGAAUGAUACUUGACGAAAAAAAACAGUAACAAAAAUAGUAUAAUGAAAAAAUAAAAAAAUAAAUGUUAUUUCGACUAGGUAUUUUUGUUUAAUAUUUAAAAGGAUUUUGCGUUUUGAUAAUAGCCGGUAUCAAAGUUUAUCCGCGAGUUUUAUCAGUUACUAUAUAGUGGUUCUACUAAACUAUGUGUUUAAUAAUCGUUAAUUAUUUAUCAAUUUAUUUUAAUAAACGUUAUAAAAAUAACAAGGCGACGCGGGGAAAAGUCCUUUUUUUUUUUUCUCAAAACUGGUACGAUUCGACACUUACCGCCGAUGGGCUUAGGACGGCGGGUUAAGCCGAUGUAUAAAAUAACCAUUUCAAAACGAGCGAGUGUGUAUUAUUUCUAGAAUCGCAUCCAAACAACACAAAAACCUAUUUGACGAAAGUAUAAACGAGUAUAACGAGUAAACUACGACCCGUAUAAUCAGCUCGACGUGUAAACUUCUGCAACUGAUUCGAUUUUCUACCGCAAAAAAUAUGGAUUUUUUUUUUCACAAAAUUUAAAACAUUAUGUUUUACUGGGAAAAGCAAAGAAAUGCGGAAAAACACGCUCAUGCGUUAUUGUAAAACCAAUAACUUUGCGGUCGGUGUUUAAAACACACAUCAUUUUAAAACCAAUACCCGCAUCCCACGCAGCGCUCAGCAGAAUUCAAAGUUUAAUCUUGACUUUGGUCCGAGAGUUCGCGAACUAAUUUCAACAAAAAAAAACAAAACAAAACGAAACACAUAACCAAAAUGUAAUAUAACGUUUUGGAGCACCGAAAGGGUUUUGACUUUCGGUCGUGCAAUUGUCGCGGUAACAAUAUGCUGAAUCGUCAAAGAGAAUUACGAGAGCUGUUAAGGAUGUAGCUUUUUAGUAGGAUAACAAUUAUUAUGCGUGUGCGUGUGACCGGACGAAAUGCCAGAGGGAAGCGACAGCGCGGGUGUUAUUGUUGUAUGAUAAAAGAGGUUUUACGCCAUUAAGGGUAAAAGGGGAAAUGGUAUAAAACUGUUGUGAGCGGCCGGCCGUUGAAUAAAAAUAUAAACGUACGGAGCAGAAAUGUGAAUGUCAAGAUGGAUGUAUGUCAGGAAUAUAAUAUGAGAGGCGUACGCAAUUCCAUAAUGUCGGGUCACAUAAACGAUCUAUAAAAACAGUUCGAUAGCCUAUGAUAUGGUAUCGAUAAACUAUUGGACAAAUAACACGACAAAUAACGAUUACAAACAUUUUUAGUUUCGUCCUGCCCUCGAUUAUUCAAGUAAGUUUAUUUUCGUGUUAUGAAACUGGAUAAAAAUUUGUAAUGAAAAAAAUUAAAGCCCAACGAAAUUAGUAUAACAGGGAAAAAAAAUGGUGAAAUACUGAAAAAUUGAUCGUGUUACCGGCACAACGAAGUUAUGGAACUGUUUCUAAUAUUUAUCGAACCGAAAUCGGGCUUUUCAUUCGAUAAGUGGUUGUAAGAAGAAACAACGUUUAGUCAAGAAGACGGGAUGACGUGGACGAAGGAAAUUGCGUGGAGAGCUAGAACGAGUGUAAGUGUAGCCUGCGGGACAAUAACCGAGAAGAAGAACUCGAUCCAAUGCAGACUCGUUGGAAUUUAUGUCUCCUGUGUAAUAUCGUUCCGUUUCCUGGUCCGGCCGGCUAAUAUGCCGGAGACACGUCACCGGAUAAGACCGGAUGACAAUGGUUUCGUUUUCAAAAUGGCCGAAUCGAUUAGCUGCGGCGAACAGUGUACGUCAUGAUAUAAAUAGUUGAAUCAAAAAUUACGACAAGAAUUUCAACGUAAAAUUUGCUGAACGGUAAAAAAAAAACAAACAUACAAAUAAUUGUAUAACAUUAUGAUAACAAACGAUAACAUGAUAUCAUAAUCCAACAAAACUUUACACGGACAGUAUUUUUUAAUGUACGAUAAUAUACCUUACUAUACGUGAUGUUAGUAAAAUGUAUAUACAAAAAAAAAAAAAAAAAAAAACUCUCCGUACAAAUAAACACUUUAAUAUGACGUGUACUCACAUUAUUUUACUGCGUCCUACACGGUUUUUAUAUAUUAAUGUCUGGACAAUUAUCAUUCAAACAGUAAUCUUCUGUACAGAGAACAAAGGUUUUUUUUUUUUUUAUAUAUAUAUAUAUAUAAUAAUAAUACCUAUAAUAUGAAAUGGUCAAGUCCGUUUAGACAUUCGUGUCGAGUGGGAUCAAGUGCUCUUUGGGUGCUAUAUCGUCUACUAUAUAAUAUCAUUGUGAACGCCGGCAAUCGUCUACUCGUCUACACACGAGCGCGUUUAUCGCUCUGCCGAUAUAGUUGGAAAACAGGAACGGGAGGGGGUGGGGAGGGGUAAGUGCGUUAAAAUUAGAUAAUCAUUAUAAUAAUUACGUAGUUUCGACGGCGCGAUUUAAAUUUAGCCGCCCUUAAAAAAAAAACGCGUCUUCGUUUUUCAUCAUAAACAACAAUUGGCCUCGACUACUGGGGUCAUCGGCCAAAACAGAGGGGUUAAAUCGACCUUUAUUUUUGCUCGUAAAUCGAUAGAUUCUCCAGGCCACCCGCAAAUUCGCAAAACCCCUCAUAUUCCUUUCGUACACGCCUAAAAUGAUAAUACAUCACGCCUGUAUAAUUUGCACUGCACCUUCCCGUAUCGCAAACAACGAACAACGCGAAUAGGUAUAACUGCAGUUAUCUAAUAAACUUAGAAACACCCGCGCCUUUCGAGUGUAUUAAGUUAACGGGCGUGAACUCAGCCGGGAUCAAAUAUUCUACAAGUGUUUUUCAUCUACUCGCGAAUCAUUAUUACGUAAACUAUCUCUACCGCCUUAAACUUACCGUAUUUAUUAUAUGCCACCGCGGCGACAGUAAGUAAUAAACCCUUGCGGCCGGCCAUUAAUCGUUAUCGUGGAAUUCCGUUUCUUUCGUCCGUCCGUUUACACUUAAAAGAAAAAAUAGUUACUCGUAUAUAAAUUUAAAUCGCAUGCGAUGAUAUUGUUUUUGUUGUUGUGGGGGAGUCAUGCGAAUAAAAAGAAAAAAAUCCUCAAACGUGCCUAGAUAUUUUACCUGUGUAAUCUAAAUUGCAAUAAUCUUUACUAUUAUAAUAUCCACUAUAUCGUCUGUAUAGGUAUAAACACGGGUAUUUCAGGUACCUACACCCGUUAAUUUCGAUAGUCAUUUAUUAUUAUCGUCAUCAUCAUCAUAAUCAUCAUUAUCUUCACCGCCAUCACCAAGACGGCCAGUUUUCAUUAUUUAUACAUAGACAUUAUUAAUGUUGUUCCAGCAACAUCCAACGCGUCUAAUUUCCGUUCUCCGGCCCGUAAUCCCUUUUCAUAUUAUAACGGUCCAAAACACAAACCGACAAAACUGUUCGUUCCGAAAUUACCUUUACUUAAACACGCAUAAAGUAGGUAACUAGUCGAGUUUAUAUAGUAAAUGUUAAAUCACUAAACUAAAAUUACCUGUUAUUAUUUAUACAUAUAGCUGGUGGUGGUACACCGCGCGUUUUGAGAUAAUAAUAUUAUGCAACGGUAGAUUCUGCGCCCUCUAUCCGUAGAUGGACCACACUAUAUAACGUAGUAAUAUCUAAUAUAUUUUUGUGACAAUAGAUAUAUAUUUAUGUAUACAUGUAGCUUUUAACACUUCGGUUUAUCCAUUUUCGUCUCCACACAUUACAUAUAGAAAUAUACAGAGUGAUUGUUUUAUCCAUUAUACCAUCAUUGUCAUGAUAAAUAUAUUGCCCUUCCCUAUUCAGUAUUCCACCUGUCUUCUAACGUCUUCCUGCCAUGCCACGUAUAAUUAACUCGCUCGAUUUAAGAUUUGUGGAGUAGUGGCAUAAAAAUGUGAAAAAAAUGUUAAAAUAAAUAAACAAUCCAAUAUCAAUAAUUGAAAAAAAAAAACGAAAAUCAAAUAUUUACUAUACUUAAAAACUUCUGAGAAAAUCAAUAAAAAGAAUCAGUUUGUGUGUUUAAUUCUUAAUUCGUUUUUUUUUUCGGGUUUUAAAUUAUCAUUAUAGCUUAACGAUAUUAAGUAUACCUAGUCCAUGAUGUAUACGGAACUACAUAUUAUUUUAAUAUCUGGUGGUCAAUUAUUCGAGAAUAAUUAGCAUCAUUUGUCGCAUGAGUGCAAUCAUUGAAGUGGAAAUGGGACGAACAGAAUUACCGAAAUGGGAUGACCAAUGCAAUCAAUUUUUAGAUGGUGGGAAAAAAAUGCGAUUAUUUCAAAUAUAAUCUCUUCGGUUUCUUUGUAAAAAAAAAAAAAAAUCAAAAAUCAAAAACACUAUAAACCGUAUCUAUCGAAAUAAAGCAUUUUUAGAGUUUUAAUUCAAUCUUAAGUAGAUUUUAAUGUAGACAAAUUCAAUUUUAUUUUCACUUUAUGUUGUAACGAAAAGCACACGAUAGAUGUACGUAUUAUUAUUUGCUAAAAUUCCUACGAGUUUGAAACGAAUAUAUACUGAUCGGAAUAAAAUCCGGUAGAGUAUGACGGGGAGCUGCACAAAAGCCAGUAUGACGUUAUCUACGGACGGCCGGGAUAGUAAAAUAUCCGUCGCCUUGGGGCCCGAAAUUCUCAAAGGUUCAAAAUACGAGAUUCUCGGUUCGUUGUGUCUCGUUAAUCCACGUCGACCAUCGCGACAAUUCCGACCGCGUCGCGCUGCAUGGCUAUGAACCUUUGCAUUUUUAUUACAAAAUGGCUAUACUUUUUUUUUUCAAAAAAAUAAAAAACAAACAAUGCUAUACCGAUAGGUUGACAGUAAUAAAUAUUAAAUAACGUGUUAUGUAUUCUACCUUUUAUUUUUUUUUUUUUUUUUUUUUUGAAAAGGUAUCUAAAAACUCAUGCGGGUGGGUAGUUGACACCCGGUAACCUCUCGCCCGCCUUAGCAGUAGCAUGUUUAUAACAUAACGAACAAUAUUACGGUAAAAUACUGAAAUUAAUACUAACUGAUUAUUGUUAUUUUUUUUUUCAGUACCGUCAAGAAUCAAGUCAGUGUCGUCCGGAGGUACUAUCGACACUAAAAAAGACUCGUUGAUCAAAUUGAACUGCGAAGCCGACGGGAAUCCCGUACCCAAUAUCACAUGGACAAGAAAAGUAAUAUUGGUUUUUGUGUGUUUUUUAUACUAACAAUAUUUGUCUAAUAUCAUGGUUAUAUAGCAGCUAGAACGGAAUCAAAUUGUUUUAUACGCAUUUUUAAAUAUUUCUAAUGGUGUUUAGAAAAAUUAACAAUCAUUAAUAAUGUACUAUAUUUAUAAUGAAUACGUUUUUUUUACGGGUUAUUUAAAAAUAUAAUAUCGAUAGUGUUUGUUUUUAAAAAAAAAAACCGCGUAUACCACUAAAAAUCGAAAAAUAAGUUUUUUGUAUAAAAUAAAAAUCAGAAAAAUUAAACUGGUAAAAGAGCGUAUACAGAAAAUUAAGUUGGCAAUGUCGACUAAAAGAUAUCCAAGCGCCUUUUAAAAAUAUAAUUAAAAUCAACACUGAUUUGUUAAAAGGGCGUAUACCAUAUUCAAUGCAUGUAUACUUUGUGUAAAUGGUAUUUUAUGUGUACGAGUAAUUUUAUUGUUUUUCAUGAUAAACAUCGUUUAAAAACUGUUUUGCUUUUUCUUUGCAAAACAGUUUUUUUUUUUUUUUUUUGCUUCCUGAAAAAUAAAAAGUGAAAUUUGAUAGACACCCUUUUAACAAAAAGGGCGUCGAUAUAAAAGCGUAUAGGUAACGCUAAUAGGGUACGUGCAAUGCGAUAAAUUUAAUUUGCACGCAUACAUCGACAACAAUAUUGUGUUGAAAUUAAUAAAAACUAAAUUAAAAAAUUGACCGACGAAUUGUCAAUAUCAAAAUAACCGGUUAGUAAUUUGUCAUUUACCGUUCGACUUAUAAUAUAUUCAUUCCCUUUUGGAGAAUUUGAGCAAAGACAGCAAUUAUAAUAUCAUUUCCAUUAAUGCGUACAGACGUACGGUUAACCCGUAGUUAAUUUUCCGACACGUAGUGUCCCUUUUUAAAUACGUUUUCACGCGGUUCGGUGCAGAAAACGUUCUUCCGGGUGCGGAAAAAAUAACCGCGGAAACGCCCGAACCGUGAAACAGCAUGAAUCACCACGGGGGGAGAGGAGGCCUAUAGUCCCCUUAGCUGCCCCUCUACCACGUCACUCAUCUGAACACACUCAAAUAUUUCGAUAUUAAUUAACUUUUUAAUUUUUUUUAAUUUUUUUUUUUUUUUUCGGCCCGUUAUAGAAUAACGUACUACCGAACGGCGAACGGAACAUGACCGGCGACACGUACAUAAUACAAUCGGCCACUCGUCACGAUGCCGGCGUGUACAUUUGCACCGCUUAUAACAGCGUCGGACAACCCGCCGAACAGACCAUUACGGUUAACAUUUUGUGUAAGUAUACAUACGUCAUAUUAUAUGUUUUUUAUUGCUAUUAUUCCGAAAAUUCGACCGUACUUGUGUGCGGCGCACAAUACUAUUUUAAGGUCACGCGCAUAAAAAAACAUUAUAAAUGUACGCGUUUCAAAGGUUUUGCGCGCGUUUACGAUUGCGUUGACACUUAUCGUAUUUUCGCAUAUAAUUUCGUUUAAGCAUAGGUAGGUGUACCAUACCGAAUCUAACGGAUCGCCGCCGCACAGCGGUAUGUACGGCGGCAACCGCAUAUUUCGAUACUUUGAAGAUGAAAAAAAAAACAGAUUUGCAAACUAUAAUUAACGAUUUACAUAACCUAUGAGACGUGUGGGUAGUUUAUAAUAUAUAACUACAGUUUUCGCUCGGACUCAAGUAACAGCUACAAAUGUCGAUAUUAUUGUGAUAAAAAAAAAAAAUAAAAAAUAAUCUAAUACGAAACGAUAAAAUACAAUAAGUACAUUAUAAUUACGUUUGUGUUGUCUAUUCGGUUUUGUUUUUUAUUGUUAUAAAAUUAAUGUUUCUGGAAUAUGAAGUGAAAAAAAAUAAAAACAACCACGGGUUUUCAACCGAUAUAGCGGUUAAUAAUUUCGAUACAUAAACUCUGCACGGUUUUCGAUUUCAAAUAUCGGAGUGUGGGACAUCGAUAAAAAGUUAUGUAUCUACGUUUAUUCGCGCGUACAAAAAAGUUUAAAUUCUCCGAAACUCUAGAAUAUGUUUAAGACACGGUUAUUUCAUUAAUUCGUUUUAACUUGGUGCCGACCGUCGUCGUAUUCCCGCUAGGUAUGGUAAUAUUAUACGUGCGUUCUGGAUUGUUUAAUACGGUCGGAACAAUAUAGUUUUGCAAAAAUUAUCCGUCUUUUUAAAACGAAAGUUUCAAUACCCACUGUAAAAUGCACGAUCGACGACACUGUUAAACGAGAUAGAAUUAAUGACACCGAAGGUUAUACGGAUUGCAAUGAACACUAUAUUAUGGCUAUUACGGCUAUAUUAUAACUAUAUUAUAGUCGGUGAUUUUGUUUACGAAACAUCUCGAAGAUGAAACGAACUGAAUUAUUAAAUAAUAACUUGACCAUGAAUCGUAAACACUAUGCAUAUGACAACGAGUCCUGGAGCUUGGGUCGAAAAGGUCCAAUCUCACUUUUAAUCUAAUUUUUGGAAAUUAAGAACAAAACAUAUUAUUGGGCCUUUUUGAUAUUACAAUAGUAAUUUUUCUAACAACAUUGAUAUUUUCAAAUCUCACAAUAAUGAUUAUUGAGAGGACGUCCUUUUACCACUAUAAAACGCGUAUACAGUUUUAUAUGAUUGGCCAUACAACUAAUUUUCACCAAAAAGAGCCAUUGUCACCCUUUUUGACCCGAGUUUCAGAGUUUUUCCCAAUAAAAUAAAACUCAAAAUAACCGAAUACCAUAAUGUCGAAAUUUCGAUAACGGAACAGUGACCGCCAUGCUGCGGGUAUACGGAUCAGCGAAUCGCGUUGCACCGAGCUUUCGUCACGGGUAGGCGGAAGGGGUUGAGAGGAUACAGUGAGAGGACCGAGUACCCUGUGGUUAACUGACAUUGAAGGAAAAAAAAAUUAAAACAAAAAAAAAAAAAAAAAAAAUCCCGCACCGAUACAAAAGGAAUAACUUACGUCGAUGUGUCGCGUUGAAUAUUUAAAUGUCCGUUUAUUUGCGGUUCGGGUACCUAAUCAAAUAUAUCACGAUUCAUUUUAAAUCGAACGGGAUUCGCGGAUAUUAAAUUACUGCUGUCUAAGUACGUGAGAUAAGGGUUGUGCGUGCGGUCAAACGAUUUCACGUCGGUAUGUUAGUGUGUUUCGGAUUCUUUCGAUAGGGUCGAGCCAAUAUAUUGUGUACUGUAGCCAAUUCGCUAUCAAUACGAAUAACAACAACGAUAAAAAGGAACGCGAGAUAAAAUUAUCUGCCGAGCGAUCUCAUAAACCGUCAUUACCGGCCCGUUGAUUUUCUCGUUGUCGUUUUACUUUUCGAUCGGCGUACGAGAUGCGCACGGAAACUAUAAUAAUUAUAUUGUAACAAUUGUGCUAAAAGCGGACUGGCGGAUUCAGUGGCGUUAUACCAAUUGACGGAGAUGUUACGCGGGCCUCUGGCGAUUUGUAUCGAACCGCAUCUACACGCGAACGCCCCGGAGCGCCGCGAGAGAAUGUAUUUGUAAAUAAUUCCGACUUUCCGAAUAAACAGUCACGCAAAUAAAUACAUUCUAUUUUUGUUAAAAUUUCCAUUUCCACCAUAACUGCCAGAAUAGUAAAUCCGAAUUUCGAAACACACCGUCGCUCUGUGGUGUACACCGAUGUAAAUAUUGUACGGCCACGCAAGGACAGAACACGCUGAAAGAUUAAGCGUUUUGGGAUUGAUUACUAAUGUUCAUCGACAAACGGAUUAAAAAUUCUUUGAACAACGAACAACAGAAAUGAUCGAUAAAUUUGGAUUGAGUUUCAGGCGGGUUGGCAUUGCUUUUUGAUAAUUAAUAUAAUAUGUACGUUUUACAUUUUAUUAGAACUGAUGAACGAAUUUAAUUAGAAAUGCCAUAAUUAUAUAUCGGGGGCAUAGGGGUGGGGACGAAUACUGCCCGUAUAGCUUAUAUUGACACCAAAAAAUAUUUAUCGUUCUUUCACGUUCACAAUAGUUCCUGUUGUAAUAACGCUAACAGUAAUUCUAUAAUCCGAUGAUAUAACAUUUUCACACGCGGUUACAAUAAACGUAUGAAUAUCGAAUCGCACACACACACACACACACACACACAUAUACGUCAUAAUGAAACAAAUGUUAUAAAGCUAAAUCCAGGAAAUGCAGUUAAGUUUUUUUUUGAGUCGGGGGGGCUGUAGCUUCUAAACCCCUCCCCUUGGAGACCGGAAAUUUCCGUCGUAAAGGUUUUUAUACUUAUAAAAGUGUUUCUCGGUCGUGAACUUAAGCACAAAAUGAAGAAGAAUCUCGAGGGACGUUGUAGUAUACUAACGUGCGAUAAGGUUAGACUUAUCUUCGACACACACAGAUACACACAUUAUAUUAUUAUUAUUCGAUUCCCAAGUGUGCCGGUUCUAAAAUGGUACUCAAUUAAAGAUAAGUGCCGACUCGCAAGUCGACCCAACUAUUGUUUAAUAAAUCUAAUUAUAAGCUCAUCGUUUUCAAAAGCGCUCGUGCAGCAAAAAUAUAAUACACUCAAACUAUAUAAUAUAUAUUUUAAUUACAAUUAUUAUUAUUACUACCACAAGAAAAACAAUAGCGAAAUCGAGUUUAAAAAAAUAAUCUUUUAAAUAGUAAAUGAUUGGAUAUACCUAAUAUUAAAUUAAAUCAAAACGUACGUGAACAUAAUACAAGCCGGAAUCUUGGAAUACUAUAAAAAAUAUACUGUAUGUAUAAUCGACAUUUGAUACGACUCUAUCGUAUCGCGAUUUCGUUCGUUCAACCAGCACUUAACGGUGUCAUACAUAAAUAUGUUAUGAUAUUUAUGUUGAAAGCAAAAAUAUAAAAAAAUGUAAUCCAAUAAUGAUAAUUUGUUCUUUUAGAUCCGCCCGAGAUUCGAGUUGAACGCGUUUGGGUCCAUUCCGGCGAAGGAAACGAAGCAUUGCUGGUCUGCAUAGUGAACGCAGAACCGCUUGCCGAGGUAAUCAUUGUUUUUUUAGAGGACAGUCUAUACAAAAUAUGUAAUAUUAUAGUUUAUGAAAAUGUGUUUUUUCCCUCAAAUAGUGUGAUAUUUUGAAAAUUGUAUACUGAAAUAUACGACAGUAUACGGUCAGAUAUGAACUUACGAAUAACUCGUUCGAUCGAGUAAACAGUAUAACUUUUGUUGUUUUAAUAGCACCUGUUUUUAUUUUUCAUUUUUAUUCGAUUUGAUAAAUAUCAUGUUGUUUCGUUUGGUCUUCACAGGUGUCUUGGUACAGAGAUACUCUGAAACUUGAUACGAACGAACGCCGUAUUACGGAAGUCCGAGGAAGUAGACACACCCUCAUAGUCAGAAAGGUGCAGGCGAGCGAUUUCGGAAAUUACAGCUGCGUAGCGGACAACGUCGUCGGAAAAACCAGGGCUUACGUCGAGCUCUCCGGUAAAUAAUACAAAACAUAAUAAUAAUAAUAAUAAUAAUACCAUAAUUACACAAAUACUUACAAUAUAGGAAGUUUACGGUCCGGGAUCUGUGUUGAAACAACGGGAAACAAUUAUAUUCCCUGUAUAUUAUAUAAGUUAACACGAUUUUAUUUCUCUUAGGUAUACACCAGUCAACAAUCGUAUAGUAAUCGUAUAUUAUAUAUCUGUGUUAUUAAACGGUUUUGAUUAUGAUUUUAACGAAAUUCUCCGUUUUACGGAAUGGAGACUUUCUACUCUAUUCUACUCUACGCUGUUGUUGUUAUAACACCUAAUGUCUGUUUGGGGCUGUACAGGAAAACCGAAUCCCGUGAAGAUAAACAGCAACAAAAACGGACGUCACCAAAACAAUUACAACAUAUCAUGGUCGGUGGACAGCUACACUCCCAUCGAAGAGUUUAAGUUGUACUACAGAAAAGUUCCAUUGCCCGACGAAUCACCCUCUGACUCUCAGACUCAAUACCAAUGGCCGAAGCCACCUCUCGGUGCUCAGAAAGUGAGUGUAAUUUGAGCUAAUCAAAACGUAUAUUUACAUAUUUUUUUCCAGUAAACAAACCUCUUUGUUGUUCGAUUUGCCCAGCCUACCAAUCCUAAAGAUGUUCGGAUUAGGUCACUUGGUCACUUCGUGUCCGGUUCCUAUCCAUUCUUUAUCUCCAUAGUAUUCCUUCCGAUCUACAUCGAAACGAUUUUAUUCCAUUAUUCGUUGUACGAUUCUUUCGGUGCCAAAUAUCUGUGAAAUUUAAACCUGACACCGCGAUUUUCAGGAACACGAAGACUUCCCCGGUGGCCCGAUUUACGGCUACAACAGCAUGAGGAACGAAUGGAACGACGUCAUCCUCCCAGCCGUUCCCAGCGAACAAUACACCCACCGCAUGUCCUACAACAUCCGCGGCUUGGACACCGCCUCCGAAUACGAAGCUAAAGUCAUGGCCAAGAACCGUUUCGGCUGGACUCCAAUGUCCGAUGUAUUCACAUUCACCACAUCUGCCACACCAGAAAUCGGUACGUAUAUUUACAAAUACUAUUGUAUGAUCAUUUUUAAUCAUGAGGUCAUAAACGCUUUGUUUUAUUUUAACGCAAUUUAAUAUGAUUUCAUAUACAAUACCAUUACUACUUAACAUUAAACAAUAUGAUUGUAUUGAACCGCGUGAUACGCUUGGAAUAUAAAAGAAAAAAUCGCAAUUAAAACAGAGUAAAAACUUAACAACUUAUAGAAAUGGUUACCUUUUAAAUAACCGUACUAACUACCCUCUAUAAGUGGCGUUUCUGAUGUUUGUAUACUACCUGCCUGACAUUUCUUGGCUUCGAAAACAACGCUUCUAAAACUCACAUACUCCGCGUUUGAAAACUGGAAAUGUAAUAUCCACUAAACAAAUAAUAACGGAACGAUAUCAGGAAAUCUUAUUCGACAUUCGCUCUACUUUAAUAAAUCUCAACGUAAACCAUGUGUAAGCCGUAAUUUCCUGAAUUGAAACAGUGUUUUGUAUACCGCUAUAAAAAAUAAAAUAAAAUCGAGAAAUAUAUAACGCAGUUGGUUACGUGAUCAUUUUUUUUUUAUUAUUAUUAUUAUUUCAUAUACGAAUACGUAAUAUAAGAUUAUAACGAUGAAGUUCUAUUUGAGAAUAUUACAAAAACCCAAAUUGUGUAAUUCUACAAUAAUAAUAAUAAUAUGUGUGUGGUAGGUAUGUUUUUUGUGUACGAUUGCAUGUUAAAUAAGCGUUUUUGAACGCGAGCUUGUAAAUUUAUUUAUUUUUUAAUUUAUUGAGUAAUUUUAGAAGAAAACAGAAAAAAAAUAAACCAAAGAAAAUAUGAUAUUAUAGCGUGUAAGCAUGAAACGCUAAUAAUUAUUGCGUUGGUAUUCGUAUUAUAUUAUAAAUUACAAUAUUUUAUAUACUCCAAAGAAAGAAAAAAAAAUAAUCGCUUGACUUUUAUUAAUUGUUUAAUUGUAAACGCGCCGUGUUUAAAGUUGACCGACGUCUCGGGGAGGGGAGGGGCGUAUGGCGAAUAUAAAAGAAAAUACAUAUUUUAAAUAAUUUACGACACACGACCAAAUUCCGAUAGUAGAACACUAUUCCUGACGAGGGUAGUACAUAUAUAUAUUUCGAAUAUUUUAAAAAUACUUUUUUCGUUAGUAUUCAAUACUCUAAGCCGAAUAGUUUUAAAAAGUAUUUUCUACCUUUAAAAAGUAACACUCAUUUGCAACCUCGGUUUAGAGUGUUUAACUUUAAACGUUUCGUAUGUUUUGUUUUCUUGGAAAACAUUUUUUCGGUUAAUAAAAAUGCGUGAACAAAUUCACGCAUCAUAUUUUAAAUAAUGACGCGUAAUUUUUCACCCGACGGUACUUGAUUUAAAACAUUAUUCGAAAUUCCUAAAAUUUAAAAUAUAAUGCAUAAUUGUAUUGCAUAUCGUCGCAUAAUAUAAUCUAUUAUAGUGCCCAUAAGUCAUCUAAAAUUAUCGUUUACACUCUUAACAAGUGAACUUUUGAAAAUACACUUAAGUUGUAAAAUAUUAUUCGAAUAUUCGAAUACAUAUCAUGAAUACUAUUUUAUUUAUACGUAUCCGAAUAUUUAUUCUGAACACUUUAAAAAAGUAUUUUACCAAGUCUGCACUUUAUUUUAUACCUAUAAUAAUACUCGCGUCAAUUCGAUUUUUUUUUUUAACGUACAAUUGUUUUCCUCAUAACGCAUGGUUUUAUUUUUAUUUGAAUAUGUUUGUUUGCAUUUCACAUUGGCCGGCAUGUUGAUUAUAGAAUACACGAAACCAAAACAUCAAGCGUCCUAUUGUAGCUCGAUGAUAUCAAGUGUGUAUUUUCUUGUAUUUUUUUUUUCUUUAUUAUGCGCCACCACAUUGUUUUAAUUUUUACUAUUGUUACACUAUUUGUUACGUGAUUUUUAUACAUACCAUGUAUAUUAUUGUUUAAUAAUGUUAACAUUAUAUUAUUUCGAUUUGAUUCGAGUGUUGCCAAUAUCUCUCAGGAUAAUAAUAUGCGAACAUUUAUUUUUUUUUUCCAGAAGUCGAGCUCCGCGAUUUCAGCUCCACUUCUUCUAUCAACGGAUUCAACAGACGCAGCUACAACAUCAUCGCCUGCGUUUUCUUCACCGCCCUGUACCUCGCCUUCGGCACCAACGUUUAAAUCAUUCCCAAAAACCUAUUUAAUAUCAUAAUAUUGUUAGUUACCUAUACCUAUAUUAAAAACUAAUCGUAGCGGUGGCGUACCAAUUUUUUUUCUUCUAAGGGUUACAAAAACAAUUUUUUUUUUUUUUUAAUGGGGG